GGGAGCCCGUGUUCACAUCAAUAUUCCCAGUGCUGACAGGAGGCGCAUCCAGUCCGGGCUGUGUGAAGGAUGCUGCAGCCUGCUCUCCACUACGGCAGCCAUCAGAUACUCUGACUGAGCGAGGACAGUUCAGACAACCGAGGCAGGAGCACCCGGGGCGGUUUGCUAGGGGAGGACGGACGGACGGACGGACAGCCGGUGGGAUCUAUCUUGCGGCCAUGGCGGAUGUGAAGUGCGGCAGUAACGUUGGCUCUCCGGCUGCCGCCAAUGGUCUGGUGGCGAACGCGGAGCUGGAGGUGAAGAAGCUCCAGGAGCUGGUCAGGAAGCUGGAGAAACAGAACGAGCAGCUCAGGAACCGAGCCAGCGCCGUUAGCAACUGCACGGCCAGCCCGCACCUGCUGCUCCCGCAGCCAGCCCCUGCCCUGCACCAAGCGGGCACCUGCCUGAGCCUGGCACGGCCUGCCAGCGGACUCUGCCUGCCCAGCCCCGUGCCCACCCUGCUCUGCACCUCCACUGUGGGCGGCAGCCUCUACCCUCCGGAGGGCAUCGGCUACUACAGCUCCAGGCAGCCCUUUUCUUGCAUGAGUGUGGCUGAAGGACCACAGCAACCUGUCCAUUCUGCCACCCCAGGGGCCACCACCAGCAUGCUAGACGAGGUGGAGAUUUUGGACCUCGAAGAUGGGUAUUGCAGUGAUGAUGAUACCUGGUAAUAAUACAUCUCUCAAUCAUACAGUAAACAUGGGGGUGUGUGGGUUACCAUGAACAAAACACACUGCUCAAUAGUCCAUCUGCAGAGCCAUUCACCAACAUAGGGGAUAUUAGGGAAUGGCUAUGAGAGAGCCCCCUCAGCUAUUGCAAUUCUACCUUCUGAUUGCCCUUGCAUUGGAUGCUUCUAGUAACACUCCCCUAGGAUCCCUUUAGCUGGAAUGGAUGCAGCAGAUCCGUGCUUUGCAUGUAGAUCAGGUUGCAGUGAUUGCUCUGUGACUGCUGCCUGGCUGGGUACAGGGAUGUGCCAUGGAAUGUCAGCGUUUCUUUAACGUUCCAUGGAAUGGUGGGCAUUCUUACUGAUCGGAAAGGCCCUUAUUAGCCAAAGAGGAUUUAUUCUCUCCUGCCAGCAGUAAUACAAUCUGUUCCAGGCAAUAGGAUUUGCUUUAUCUCUGCCUAAAUCUUAAAAAAAAAAGCUGCUGGGGUUUAAAUGCUCAAUGAAAUGACCAUUCAGUCCUUAACUGCUUCAGUGCUGGGUAUGCAGCCUGUAGAGAUCACUUGAUCCCCAUAGUGUUUUGUGGGUGUUUAUUUGGCAUGGCACAGUGACAUUUGCUUUUUGUGCCUUGUUGCACAUGAUUGGUGAGAGUAAGCAGGGGCGUUUUUAUUUCUUAUAACACCAUCUAUUUUGUAUUCUCUAAACAUUGACUGGUGGUAAACGAGGGGACUGAGCAAUGUAACAACGUUAGGCCUAUAUAUAUAUAUAUAUAUAUAUAUAUAUAUAUAUAUAUUAUAGUGUGUUAUCCCAGCUUUUCUUUUUUGGCCUAAAUUAUGGAAUUCACUUGCCGGUUUACAACAAUUGGCUGUGAGUGAUUCACAGACAUCAAUCAUUUUAAUAACUCAGAUUGUAAUAUUAUCUUUAGCUUCUAAUUAUUGGGUUUUCCUAAUCUGUUAAUUAGAAGAACUGUUAAUGUGUUUCUUAAUUUCAUCAUUCUCAAAUUACAAACCAUUCUGAAACAGUGUUAAUAUGAGGCCAUCUGUGCUAAAAUAUGUAACCUAAUAGUAAUUAAAUAAGAUUACCUAACUGUUUUAUAGAUUAGGAUACCUCAAAAACCUGCACUGAGUAGACUAGAGGAUUGGCACAACUCCAUAAACCUUAUUUAGGAAUCUAUGCCAUAAACCUUUUUUUAAUGCAUUUUAUUGAUUAUUUUUAUAUGCAGCAGACACUGUCUGUCAAUAAAUGUCCUGAAAAGUUUAAACAAUAUUGACAUGACUAAAGCAGGCUAAUAAUGCCCACUUCAGCUACAAAGGAAAGUGUCAAGCUGUUAACAAUCAUCACUAUAUCUCUGGCACCAUAACCACUACCAUAAAUGGCUAAAUGUGGCUUGAUUUUCUUGCAGUUUGUAGAUCUUUCAGAAUAAAGCUGACAUCUGAACUAAAAAUCCUACACACCCCUAAGUGCAAAACUUCUAUAUUUUACUUUUUCAAGCACAAGGAUUAAUCAAGAGAUUUCAGUCAUGUUCUGGUCUGAUGAGUGCUCACUACAGAAUCUUGGGGGAUUCUCAUUUUAUUAUUAAUGCAUUAACUAUAUGCAUAACAUUUGAUAAUCCUAUUCAGUCUGGACUGUGCCUUUACAAGAACACUCUUGGCAACAUAACCACUUCAUCUUAAUACAGAAGCAUUGACUUGAGUUGCAAGUCAGCUGAUGCCCUCAACCUAUCACUUUUUGCCCAUCGACAGUAGAGGUUUAAACUGUAUGUACGUUUACUCGAAUUGGCAGCCAUGGAUCUGCUCUUAACUUUUCACUAACUGCCUGUAGCUGUUUGAGCUAAUGUUUCCAUAUUAGCACAAACAGAGGGCUGGCAGCUAAACAGUGCAUGGGGGCAAUUCUUCAGUGAUAAGCCAUUCAAAAUGGUUUAACACUGAAAGGUAAAAUGUUGCCAUUAUGAAAUGGUUUUAGUGCCUGGAGAGUUCCUUUCGUGCUUGAACAUCAGUGGCUAUAUUUUAAUCUGGGUGAAAACCUGCUUUCUAAUUAUUAAAAUAGAUGCAAUUGUAACUUAAAUUAUCAAAUAUGGUGCUUUAAGGAUAAUUAUGCUGUAUUUUGAUAAUGCAUAUUGAAAUUAUAAAAUAGAAAUUCUAAGCAGAAAUUGCCCUCUCAGGGUACACCAGAUUCUAAUGAAGCCCUCUGUACAUGGGCCAAGUGCAAACCUCAUUUAGUAGUGCAGAGGUGUGUCUAAUAAUAAAUAAUAAUUUGCUUGCUGGGGACAGUUCCCGUGUCUUAGGACAUCAUCGACCCAACCCAGUGUGGUGUGCUGAGUCCCAAAUAGGGACAGUCCUGCCGGGUCCUGGUUGAAGAUGAUAUAUUUGUCGGGUGAUUUAUACAUUUUGUAAAGUCCUCCGUUAAGAUGAUCAAUGAGGCAGGAGAUAGAAGCUGCUGAAACUUUUUAAAGAGCAUGAUUUAAGGACUGCAAUCAACCUAUUACAGCCCUUAAUUCAGUGUGGUCUUGGCACAGCAGUAUGCUAUUGCACAUUUAUUGAAAACCACUGCACAAAGGUCCAAAAUAGUCUUAUGUGAAGGAUUGCACAAGACUGCAGAAUCCUCCAAAGAUCUUUUUCAUGUGAGUGAACGAAUGCCAUAGUCCUCAAUUGAGAAUUCCUUUACUUGGAGGAGUAAUCCUAUGCAGGGCAUAUUAUGUUGUAGAGAACAUAGGUUGGAUUGGGGAAUGGCCUAGGCCGGAUUAACAUAGGGGCUGAUGGAGCUGCAGCUCCAGGCCAAGGCCUAUGUCCAUGGAACAGGUCCAUUGUCCAUUUUUUUUUCUACUCUUCACAUGGGGAUGUAGGGGAACAAAACUGGUGGUCUGGCUGACCAUUAAAUUAGUUAAAGGACCACCCUAGGCACCCAGACCACUUCAGCUUAAUGAAGUGGUCUGGGUGCCAGGUCCAGGUAGGGUUAACCCAUUUUUUCAUAAACAUAGCAGUUUCAGAGAAACUGCUAUGUUUAUGAAUGGGUUAAGCCUUCCCCCUAAUCCUCUAGUGGCUGUCUCAUUGACAGCCACUAGAGGCGCUUGCGUGCUUCUCACUGUGAUUUUCACAGUGAGAGCACGCCAGCGUCCAUAGGAAAGCAUUAUGAAUGCUUUCCUAUGUGACCGGCUGAAUGCGCGCGCAGCUCUUGCCGCGCGUGCGCAUUCAGCCCAGGAGGAGGAGAGGAGGAGGAGAGCUCUCCGCCCAGCGCUGGAAAAAGGUAAGUUUAACCCCUUUUCCCCUUCCAGAGCCGGGCGGGAGGGGGUCCCUGAGGGUGGGGGCACCCUCAGGGCACUAUAGUGCCAGGAAAACGAGUGUGUUUUCCUGGCACUAUAGUGGUCCUUUAAGGUAAAGCUGACUGUGCACUAUGCAAAUGCUCUUGCUGCUUCAGUCUCUCUAACUCUGUGGCAUGUUCCCUUUCUUCUACACUCACUACAUACACCUCUUUUUUGUCCCAGACUAUAUACCUGGAUCUUCUGCCUACUAGUAAGUAGGUAAGGAGAGGAAGGGACAGGUGAGUGCUAGUGGACAGUCUUUAGAAAGCGUGGAGCGAGCGCAUCAUUUCAAGCAUUUAUGCCAAGCUCAGGGUGCUGUCUGCAUAGUAUGUCAUUGGUUGGCCAGCCUGCAUGAUUGUCAGACAGUCUGACAUGCAUUCACACCAGGGUGACCAUCGAAUUCCUCAGGCAGACUUUUUUGGGCAUGUUUGCCCCCUUAGACGGUUUUGCUUACGUGAUUCGCGUCUGUGGCCCACCCUUUUACUUCGCCCACCGAAAUCCUGCUUCACCGGACACUGCUGUUAAUGGGUUUGGAUAUACUUGAAAGAUGAAAGCGAGAGAUUAGCAUAGGGUAUGUGUUUGUGUUUUUUUUUUUUUUUUUAAAGCAAUAUCCUGUGAGUUUCUUUCAGCACCACCUACACCAGAUACAUGACGAUUGGGAGGUAUGACUGUUUUAGUGUUUUCUGUUGAUACCGUUCUAUAAUUAGGCCCAUCAUAAUUGUCAGUACCAGGCCCAGUGGGUCGAAGGAGACUGUACUCCAGAUCACAAAGAAAACAAUGUGAUAUUGGCAGGAAUAAAUUAAUUUACUUUAUUAAGUUUCAACACACAAUGAGGAUUGUGAAUAAAUAAUUUGGCUAUUUCUAAAACAAAGUAUGAUCCAUUUGGUCAUAUGUUUCCCUUUAAUCUGUAAAAUUUAGGUAACGAUGUUGGAAUGGGCUUUAUACAUGAGAUAAAAAGGGGUGGAAUUUAGUCUUCUGUCUCACUAUGUGCUUUUUUAUUGUACAAAUAGCUCCAUAUACAGGAUGGUAAAAUGUAUAUAAUAAACGAGCCAUACAAAUAUGAUUGAUUAUAUGCCUACAUAGCCUGCAACUAAUUUCUAUAUUAAGACCUGGAUGCUCUUUCUGGUUUGGUGCAGCUGGAUCCCUAGUGCUUAUUUUAUUUCACAUAUACAUGCAAAGAUUAUGGAAGAUAAACCUCAAGGGCAAAUCUCUCCCUUAUAUAAAGUACACCAUGCACCAGGACAUGUAGGCACAAAACCUUCUUGUGCUCCUUCCCAGAAGCCAACAUGCAAGCAGGGGUGGAUCCAGAACCAAAUCUCAGGAGGGGCACUGGUAGUGGGCUGUAGCGGGGAAAAUGGGGCUGUAGGGGCUGUAGUGGAAAUAGUGGCUGUAGUAUAACCCACAGAGUGCCAAAGUGUGAUGUUACCAGCGCUAAGCAGAGUGGGCAGUGGCGGAACUAAGGCAGAGAGUUCUCCGGUGCAAGAAAUUAUUUUGGCCCCCCAUAGCACAAGGGUGACACAGAAACACACUAACGUGCAGAUACACACAUGUCCUCAUACUGACACAAACACAUACUUGCACAGACACAUACACACAGAUACAAACCUAUACCUUUACUGACACAUUCACAGGCACAUACACACACCAACACAUAUACCUACACACUGAUGUACAUACACACACUGGCACACACACAAAUACACUUGCAUACCUACAGAUACACACACUGGCACACACUCGGAUACACACUGACUAUUGUACCCCCCCCCCCCGAUCCACCACUGCUUGCAAGCCAGCAUUUCACCUUAAGGGGAGUGUUUGCUAAAAUUAUUCAAAAUGAGAGGAUCAAAACGGAAGAGUAGGUUUAGCUUUGUCAUUACUAAUGUCAUUCAUUUAGUUCUCUUGUUGAGGUGCGCCCGUAGAUAAAUUACCGAGUGACAUCUGUCAUCAUCUUCCUUGUCUGAACUAUGCUUCAGUUCUUCAGUUACUACAGUUUAAUAGUCUACACCAUUUUAAGUGUCUCUAGAUUUUUAGAUUUUGGUGCCUUGGGGAUCAGCCUAUUUUAUAUGUCAUUGAGAUAAACAAAUGAAGUCUGAGUUAAACGCCAACUUGGUUUAUCAUAUGCUAAUGUGAUCAGAUAAGUGUGGUUUAUUCACUCUGUAUUGAAAUGAAUGGAAAACCAAAUUGCAAAAUUCAGUCCAAACCAGCAAAGGUGGAUGGAUCGUUGCUCUGGAGAUAUUUUUCAACUCUGCAGAUGUCCUAAUGGUUCUCAUUUCGCCAUUGUUGAUUGUUUAGUUACAUCCCUAAAGUAAACUUUGGCUGGCUUUAUAUGCAGCCUUGGCAUGAUGUCUUUAAUGACGUGACUCAAGUACAAUCAAUGCAGGCUUUAUUGUGAGCUGCUAGUGUGCAGAACAUUAAAGAUUUAAACACUCCUACUCUGAAAUUGACACGACUCUGGAAAUCCACAGAACCUCGUGUAAUGAUAGUGGUGAUCACCCAUGGGUGUGUAAUGGCUGGGGAAGUAUAUUUGUGUUCCUAAGGGACCCUUAUAACCUUAUCCUUGCUCUCUGUCCACAUUCUUGAAGAUUAUCGAGUUAUGUAUGACAUUUUAAGAUUGUGUCAUUUCAAUAAACUGUUCUUUUUCCAGGUUGUAUAUUUCGCCCACCAAGAAGCAUAGACCAUUUGAUAGUUCUAUGAGUCCAAUGCAAUGGUGCAGGCAAGUACUUGACAACCCAUCUCCUGAGAUAGAGGCAGCAAAGAGAUCUCUGUGCUUCAGACUUGAACAAGGUAAUUAAUGUAAUAUGUGCUCUGGUUUUUGCAGUCUGUGACAUUAUCACUGCAAGCAGGAUUUCUUUAAAUUAAAAAAUAAAAUGGUCAUGGAAGAAUUAUUUUGUAUUUUUCCAAGUUAUUUAUUAAUCUAAUGGAAUUUACUAUUGUUCAAACCAAGGGCAGUUUCAUUUUUAAAUUGUGUUUGUGUGUAUGUAUAUUAAUUUUCUUUUUCUCUAGAGUCUGAGCUUUAAAGGCGCAUCUGUAAUGUGGUUUAUAAAGAAAAAGGCCGGUGUUUUUAAGCUGGGUCAUACUUGCAUAUAUGUCUGGCACUUUCAUGGUAUUUCGACUAUCUGUUGAAAGAUACCCUUAAAUUUGGACAUAUCUUGCUUGAUAUAAACCAGGUAGAAAUUCAUAUUAAAUAAGAAAGGAAAAGAGACUUGAUUAUACAGCUAGAUUCAAAAUAUCAUAAAUAAAAACUCUUAGAAUUGCGGUUUUGCUUUUUGCUUUAUUUUUCCAAUAUACGGUAGAUUUUAUUUUGUGUUGAAAACAUACACAAUGAGGCACAUAGAAAAGAGAGAUGAUCUAUAGUACAAUUCAAGUACCAUCCCUAAAAAGCUAUUUACACUGCCCUAAAUGGGUCGGGAUGUUAACAUGUCUCAAAUGCCCAGUGGUGUUUCUUUAUCUUGUAAUAACACUCAAAAGGACAAAAAGGAAGUAGCAUAUAAUAUAGUACUGCUUUUAAAAUGCGUGUGUAUGUGUGUGUGUGUGUGUGUGUGUGUGUAUAUGUAUGUGUGUGUGUGUGUAUAUAUAUGUGUGUGUGCAUAAUGAUAGUUUAAAGUAUGGGUGCCCAAUGUUGGAACUUUAGGACCACUUUGAAAAUUGGGUAUUCAUUGCGGACAAGCAAGUCUCCUAUACAAUAAUAAUGAAAGGAAUGGAAGAUUUAGCUAAUAAGAGUACUGUCUGCUUUUCAUAAUUCAACGUUCAGAACUAUUUCUGUGUCAGCUAAUCAGCGGCAGCACUCCAAAGUGACAAUCAAUCAUUGUUGUCCUCUAUUUUGACUUGGAGUGCUUCAUUCUGGAAAACAUUUGUUCACAUAAAGAAGAUUCAUUUUGUGUGCAUUGUUAUAUUUACAGUUUUCUCCUUUUCUACAUACUUUUGGUAAAAUUAUAGAUAUUAUAAAGAGGCACUUCAUUAAGUUUGAUUUUCAGUUCUGAGUUGCAUUGAAGGUCAUGGAUUUCCAUAAUUACCACAUUCAGGGUUCUAUCUUGAGUGCUGUAAUCUUGGGAUCUCUCUGGAUUCUCGGUUUGGAGCUGAGAUAUUCCAGCCACAUAUUAAGGAGUGUAUUCUGCAGACUGCAAUUUCAACAUGCUUUGGUAAUUAGUUAAAUUCUAGACUUAAAGUUUGCUCUUAACUCAGCUCUAUCACCUUCUGGGGUCUUUGCAUAUUUUGCAAAUACCCCUGGUGAUGACUACUUCGCUUCUAGUGCCCAGAGGUGCAGGAAAAGGUAGUUUUUACUUAUCAGUACCUUGCUGAUGCUGCUAUCAUCUUCCUCAAGGUCCUCUUUGUUUCCUGGAGCUUUAUCUACCAGGAGCUGACUUCAGCGCUGUACUCUUGUAGCUCCACCUUUUUGUCAAGCUUUGUAAUGUGUAAGAAAAAUACAUUAAAGUAGUCCCUGCUUCUGACUGGGUUGGAAUUUCAGAGAAAUGCCAACACAAUCUGAGCAUUUUAAGCACUUGAGGAGGGAUGACAAAGCUUAAUUAAAGAGUUCUAAUUUAAUCUGAAAAACUGUUUGUGCACCCCAUUUAAUGGCCAGCAGGCCACAAGUAUCUGAAGUGACAUCGGUUAAGCACCUCUUCUUUAAAACAACACUCAUUAUUAUAAUAAAACAAGCACGAGACAUGUUCAUAAAUAGUACAUGAGACUUACCUACCCUACAAUUAUACAUGUUGGUGCUUUGUUAGGUUUUAGAUAUGUUUUUGUGUGUUUACUUAAAGGGACACUCCGGGCAGCUAAACAAGUUAAGUUUCAAUUUUCUUUAUAUUUAUAAUAAACAUAUGACACUAUAUAAUACCUAAUGUGUGGAAGUGUUUGUGUGAUGUGGUUUGCAAGUUCUAUUGUGUGAAUGCAGAGGACUCCAAGGGGACUUGGGCAGGCAUUGUGGGCAUGUGUAGAGCUGAGUGAAACGAAGGCACACCCAGUAAGGCAUCAUUAGUAAAGAUUAAAACAAAUACUUCUAAAGCUCAUUUUUACAUUAUUUAGGGGAAAAAAGCAUUUAGUGACAGUAGGUUUAUGUUUGAUGGGGGGGAGGGGGUUAUGGUUUAAUGGUUAUGGUGCUAUAAGCUUAUGGGUGCUGUCCUCCAGUUGUCUGUCAAACAGGUUAGGAAGAGUUGACAAAAAAACUGGGCUCUUCAUACGACCUCUACUUUGUACCCUCUGCUGUCAUUCUGAUAAUGUGGAAAUUAUACCAAGAGUGAAUCCAUCCAAACUUAAAUGGCAAUUUUCGUCUUAGAGUGCUGGAUGCAGAUGUGAUAUUGAUCAUGUUCAUGUGAAGGGGAAAAAACAAACGAUCAAUGAUAUUUCUUAAUGACUCGCUGUUGACCAUUUCUGCAAAUUGCAUUCAGUACCGCAGAGAACAGGACAUGUUGAGUUCACAUUCUCUUAUUGGUUUCUGUGGUACUAAAAUAUAUAUAUGAAGUUUGGUUGAAUACGUUAGAUUAUAGGAACAAAAAAUGAAUAGGUGCUGAAUAUAUCCCACAGACCUCUGUCCCACACAAGGGCAUCUGUAACCAAAGGCUGCAUUCAUGAUUUUCCUAAAUGGAAUUAGUUAUGCCCACAAUAAGUCUCUCUAUCUGAAAGCUACAUGAAUAAUAUUUUUUUGCCAUGCAGCAUAAAUCCCAUGUAAUGUAUUGUAUUUGGGUAUGGUGUUAAAGCAGCAAAAGUUUUGUAUUACUAAGAUUUUAAAGAGACACCAUAGUAACCAGCUUACUGUAAUGGUUCUGGUGUCUAUAGCCUGUCCCUGCAGUCUUUUCAAUGUAAACGCUGCCAGUGGUUGCAAUGCUGUCUAGUAACACCUCUAAUGACAGUCCCUCAGAGAGCCACUAGAGGUGCUUCAUAGUCUGGUGCUGCUCUACACGAAGAUGCUAAACGCUCCCCAUUGAUUCAAUGCAUUUUUAUGAGAAGAUGCUGAUUAGCGCAGUGUUUUGCCUCACAUGGCGGAGACCAUCAAGAGGCAAGGCCAGCCAUGGCAAGACUGGCGUGCCAAGGGAGAAGAGCUGAGUAACCUUCACCUUCUAACUUUACAGGGGGGGAGGUGGUCACCUAAACAUUUUAUUCCAGCCUUAUAGUGUUUAAGUAGCUGAGAUAGGUGUCCUACAUGCACAACAACAUAUACAAGGAACAUACUUUGUGCUGGAACUAUAGUGCCCCUUUUACGCAAUAGGAAAUUAAACCAAGCCAGAAAUAUAAGCAGCCAUGUAGAAACUGUUGCUAAUGCUUACUAAAUAGUGUUUCUUUUUCUUCCUUUGUAGGCAUUUAGUUAUGAAAUAAGAUUCUUUUAAAUUAAGAAAUAAUUAACACGUUUAAAUGUAAUAAAAAUUAUACUAGUUAUUGUGGAAUAAUGAGCAGUUCCUCUCCUCUGGUAGGGGAAAUAUUUGUUAAUUUGUUAAGUUUCAAAAUUAUUUGUUAGAUGAGGACGUCCUCUACCACUCUUAGUCACUGAAUGUUGUACUCAUUUGAUGUACUCCACUUAAAAAAAAAAACACUCCAGCUUAAGUGGUUAAGGAGCAGCACACAGCAGACCCCAGGUAAGAAGUCAAAUGGCUUGAUUACUUACAAUCUGGGAGCAGCAGAACACUGCUGACAACAUAACCACUACAGUGAGCUGUAGUGAUUAUGCUGCAUGGAGUGUUCCUUUUCAGGUGGAAGAAACGUCUUCUUUAACCUUUUUAGUGCAAAUUUAGAGAGUCCACAGAUCCCUGACAGCACCAGGUAAGUGUCAAACCAUUUGUAUGAGUUCUGAUAUUUCAUUGGGGCAUGGCACCAAUCACUACAGUGCGCUGUAGUGGUUAGUGUGCUUAGAUUAUCCCUUUAAGAAAGGAAAUGCUUAUUCAUGAGGCUGCAGGUAAUCACAGAAUUGAACAGUUUAAGAGGCAUCUCAAAGUUCUAUUUUAAACUGUUAAUAUUUGAAAUGUCAUUGCGAUUAGAAAAAAAAAAAAUAUCUAAAGUUAUUGAGAGCAUGUAUUUAAAAGUGAAACAUAUAUAUAAAAAAAUCCAGGGACUACACAGCAUUUGCAACUAAGAAUCUGACUUUUUUUUUCAGGAAUCAAGAAAUGGGUGUAAUCUCUUAGCAUUGUUGGUCCUCCACAGGGAGAUUUGUAUGCAUCUUACAUAGUGCUUAAUAAGAAGUUAUACAACCUAUUCGUGCACAAAUAGAUACAGGUGGAACAGGGGCAUGUUUUAUUUUAUAGUACUCAAGGGUUCUGGUCAAUGUACUUGGUAGUGAAUGGAUUGAAGGACUUUUGCAUCAAACAUGAUCAAAAUGGAGCUAUGCCAUUACAUUUCUCAUUGAGCUAAGCAACUAACAAAACUUGAAAUUCCAAAACAAACCGAAAAAUAUUUGCUGAUGUACUUGUUCUGCCUUCUAUUUUAGCUUUUCGUGUUUAAAAUAAACGGAAUAAUAUGGUUGUUGUUUUUGAUUAAUUCCUCAUUCCUCUAAACUGAUCUAUAAAAUAACCGUUCAGAAAGAAAGUGUUCUAUUAUCAGAAAUAGCUUUUUUAAGAGAAAACAAAUGGAUAACUUCAUGGACAAAUAAAUAUAUUUUGUAACAUGGAGACCUCAGAUUGAAGGCCAUCACAUUUGCUUUGCAGCACAUGGCAAAAUAUAUAAACCAGUUGUUAAAUGAACCUAUUAGGACUAUUCUGAAUUUUAUUUUUGUAUGCAGUAUAUUAUGUUUUAUCACUGUUUAUGACAGACACUCGGAUAUAUCCUUAAUUUAUGUACAGAAUCCCAUAAUUUUGGAUGUAAAAGUGAAACUAUAAGUGCCAGGAAUACAAAGCUGUAUUCCUGGCACUAUAGUUCCCUCUGCCUCUCCCCCAUCUUUCUCAUCCCCUCCCCUACCUUGAUCAAUAAAGGGUUGAAAACCCUUUAUUCACUUGCCUUUCCCCAGCGUCGAUGUCCUUUGGUGGUGGGCCAAUGCUCCAUCCCCUCAGGUGGCCCCCGACGAGUGGGUGAUAAUGCGCACAUGCAUCAAAUUCCACACGCGUGUUAGUUCUCCCCAUACGAAAGCAUUGAAUUAAUGUUUUCCUAUGGGGACAAAUCUGACUCUGGAUGUCCUCAUGCAGAGCGUAAGGACGUCCACUGUCAGACACCAGACCACAGGUCUGUUUUGAUUCAGGAAGCCCUCUAGUGGCUGUCUCCAAUGUAAAUGGUAAUAAUUUCUCUGAAACUGCAAUAUUUAACAUUACAGCACUAAGUGCAAAAGGGACAGUGCACCCAGACCACUUCAAUUAGUAGUCUGGGUGCCUACAAUGUCCCUUUUAGGGGACACUCCAGACCCCUAAAGCACCUCAGCUUGCUGAAAUGCUUUAUGUGUAAAGAGUGUGUCCUUUUAUUAUUUAUUUUUAUAUUUCAAAAAGUGCAGUUUUCAAUAGAUUACAAAAAUUUGCAGAAAGAAAAGGUUACCUUUCCUGGCGGUUUUUAACAUAAGGGUUUACCAGCAGCUCACUGUUAGUUAUACCCACAAUACCAAAGCUGAGAUCACCGUUUAACUAAUAAUCUAAUGAUGACCUUGAAAGUGGAAUAGCCACAAUCAGAUGUCCUGCAGGGUUGGUCAAUCUUAAAUACGCCAACAGCUUAAUACAUAAAUUAGGAAUAUCGAUACAAUAAUAAUCCUUGACUUAUUUCAUCCCUGAGGUCGGAGCCUCAAACAUAUGGCGCCUAUAGGAGAGUGGACCACACUGAUAACUCAAGUCAAUGCAGUUUGUUUGUAGCCUUGAAAGAUUUUGCUUUUACAAAUUAACCAUGUUACACCCUCGACUUUCAAUGAGAAAACAGGUCCUAUUAUGUCCUUAUUCUUUAGCCUACUGGAGCUAAACUCAAAAGGCAGAAGUUGCCCAGAUCAAGGAUUCUCAUUAAACUGCAUUGGGAAGUCUGUGAUUGUACACUCACAUAAAGGUCUGUACUGGGGAAGAAGGGUAGGGCUUGCAAAAAGAUCUGCGGCAAACUGUUUUCAUACUCCCAAUGAACAAAUGCAUAAUUAAAUGAAUGCAUGUUUUUAUUUGGGGUAUAUGUAUUUAACACAAUUUCUUUCUUUCUUCAUUUGGGCAGUGAAGUUUCUCUCUAAUGUGAGCAAGGCUUUUUUUUUUUCCUGUUUAUAAAAUGUGUGUUUUCAUAGCUAAAAACCACCAAUAAUUUUGUGAAUGUUUUCCUAAAUUUAUAAUUGUAUUUUUUUUAAAAUGACCUUUUGGCAUAUAGUAAAGAUAAUUAUUUUUUUUAAGCUGCUUCUUACAGUGUAUGCUUGCAAACUAUUAAUUUUAUGUGGAAGAUAUUGCACACUAGAAUUUGACAUGCCACCACAUAUAUUUUUGACCAAGUGACUGCACUUGAAGAUGUCUGUGCCUUCUAUAUUUUUUGACAGCUGUGCUGGUAGUAAAGUCUUGUUGUUUUCACUUCUUGUAUUUGUCAAUAUUACUUUAGAUGUCAAUGUCUUGCUCCCUAUUGUAUGUGUCACCCAGUGUCCCCAAGUCUCUCACUGUCCCCAUCUUUCAGUUUCCCCUGUGAGAUUUCCCUACUGUAUGAUUGUAAAGUGCUGCAUAUUAUGUUGGUACUAUAUAAAUGCUAAUAAUAAUAGUCUAUGCUCUUGCUAGCAUUAAAGCUAGCCCUAUGUAUGAUUGAAUGAGGUUCCCUAUGAAUGAAGUCGUGGAACCAGGUCAAGUGACAAUUUAGAUACAUUAAAGGGUUACUCCAUGACCAAUUCUUGUAGAUUGAGAUGUUGUUUUUUCUUUUGAGGAGGAAUCCGGUAUUUUUAGUUUUCUGAUCAAGUCGUGGAGUGGACCCCUAGCUCACUGUACCUAGAUGGUUGUCAGCUACAUCUCCCUGAUGAUGCCUAAAGAAAGCUAUAACUAUUGUCUGGGGUUCUAUAUAUCCCAUACGGAGGGAGCUGGGCAGCAUUUCUGAGCUUUUUGUCCUUAGGGUGGGUUCAGCCCAAUAUGCAAAAGAUUUAGAUUAAAUAUGUUAGCUAGCUGGAGAACUCGGUGUGGGCUCCUGAAGAGUAAGCUCUGUAUUUGGUUUGUUUUCCUGGCAUUGCAAGUUUUGAUGAGUAUGUGUUUUAGUCCUGCUUGGUAGGUGUUUGUGAGAAACAUUGCACACAAUUUACAAUGCACGUAAAAUCAACUUGCGGAUCAUGAUUGAAGUUGAGCUACUUCUUUAAUUUAUUUUGUGCAAAUCUGCAGCUUCUCCAAGUUAAUCAAACAGUGUUUAAUCAGACCGUAUUUGAUUAAAACAGUUUUUUUCUGUUGGAGUGUUCUUACUGGUGUGGUUACCCCCGCACCCCCCCCCCUUUAUAAAUUGAGAGGCCAAGUUCUCCAUGCAUUAUCCUACUUUUAUGGAUUCACUCUACCUUACUUUCUACCUCACUGUUUUAAAAGCAGGGCUUAGGAAGGCGUGGUGGAGGUUGACCAUGCCACCUUUUGCCAUCCGUUACCAGCAUGCAAUGCGAAGAUUCAUAGUAUAGUUUGUAGAAGGAAAACUCAGUUUUUCUUUAGUUUAUAAAUAGCAUAAACUUUCUCCCCCCACCUCCCCCCCUUCCCUCACACUCAUACUGAGCUGGGACUCUUUAUGGUGGGAAGCUGUCAGGAGGGCAACCUUGAUUUGCUCCACUGAUUUAUGUAAGAUUUUUUUUUUGCCUUUAAUCUUUCAAGGAUUCACUCUAGCAAUUCCCUGCUUCCCUAAUGAUUAUGGUCUUGUAUCUGUCUCAUCUAAUGCUCUGAAAGUUAAUUCUAAUUUCCUUGGGACAUGGUUGAGUUCCUCCCAGAAUUCAUGCGAUGCACACUUGUAGUCUGAGGAAAUCUUUCUUUAAAGCAGACUCCUGCUCCUUGAUUUAAACCCACAACCACACAGUUUUGAAUCCAAAUGACACAGUGCCUUUUUACUUUAUAUUUGUAAAUCGGUAUUGUUUGAUCAGUUUGAAAUCUGUUAUAUACAAUGGUAGCAAUAAUAUUUGGUUUUUAGUUUGUAUUUCAUCAGUGUACUGAUUAAUUUGUAUUUUUUUUUAGGCAUUCUAGUUAGGACUGACAUCAUAAUGAUGUGUGUUAUUGCAGAGGGUGUGUAUAUGUGUGUGUGUGUGUUUAUGCAAUGUAGUGUAUAGGGAAAUCCUGUUAGUGUAGGGCAGGGCUGUGCAACCUUAGGUAAUCUGAGGGCCGCAUUAAAAAGCAAGAUUUAUCAGUUGGCCGGACUCAAAGUUAUAAACUCAUAUUAUAUAUAUAUAUAUAUAUAAGUUUGAGUCUUAUAUAUAUAAAUAGGUUAUGGUGGGGAAAAAUUGUGAUUGAAAACCCCUUCCACCUGAAGUAUGUGGAUAGUUAAUACAAUGCUAAACAAAAAUCUGCACACCAGUCAAGCCAUAAGACUUGCUUUUCCCACAGAAAUCCCAAAUCAGCAGUGAUGUUACAACCGCAAAGGAUUCUGGGUGGGCAUAUGCAAAUUAGUUUAACAAAGAAUCACAUUUUUGCCUCAUUCCAUUUUAAACAUGGAUUCCUUUUAAUUUGUGUUUGCAGUAUACAACUGCUUGGAACACAAUUUAGGAUAAGAUGCAAAACCAGUGAACCACUCAUGGACAGCUGUUUCGUUGUUAAUGCAACUCUUCAGCAUGAGGUUGGUUACUGGUUUGCUAAUUGAGGCUUGGUAGUGCUUGGGAAGGGAUUUCUGUGGGAAAAGCAAGUCUUAUGGCUUGACUGGUGUGCAGAUUUUUGUUUAGCAUUGUAUUAACUAUCCACAUACUUCAGGUGGAAGGGGGUUUCAGUCACAAUUUUUCCCAACCAUAACCUAUUUAGAUUUUGCUUCCCAAGCACUACCAAGCCUCAAUUAGCAAACCAGUAACCAACCUCAUGCUGAAGAGUUGCAUUAACAACGAAACAGCUGUCCAUGAGUGGUUCACUGGUUUUGCAUCUUAUCCUAAAUUGUGUUCCAAGCAGUUGUAUACUGCAAACACAAAUGAAAAGGAAUCCAUGUUUAAAAUGGAAUGAGGCAAAAAUGUGAUUCUUUGUUAAACUAAUUUGCAUAUGCCCACCCAGAAUCCUUUGCGGUUGUAACAUCACUGCUGAUUUGGGAUUUCUGUGGGAAAAGCAAGUCUUAUGGCUUGACUGGUGUGCAGAUUUUUGUUUAGCAUUGUAUUAAAUAUAUAUAUAUAUAUAUAUAUAUAUAUAUAUAUAUAUAUAUAUAUAUAUAUAUAUAUAUAUAUAUAUAUAUAUAUAUAUAUAUAAAUUUGUUUAGUGUUGGCAUUUGAAUGCAGUUUUAUGUUUGUAUGUACUAUUGCUAUUUGAAAGCAGCAGUGUACACACACACAAACACACUUACACCUCGAUACAUACACUGAUUCAUAUAAAUACACACACACACACUGAGGCGCACACACACUGGCUCAUACACACACUGAUAUAUAUAUAUAUAUAUAUGUAUAUUAUCCACUUGCGAAAGCCCUAAAACUGUAUUUUAAUAAAGGUCUUUUGGCAGCUUUCUUUGUUGUGAGUUAGCCAUUUUUUCUUUUUUACCAUUUUUAUUAUUUUACUACCUGGCAUCUGAGUCUUACUUGUUCCAGAGAGAUACUACUCCAAAGCAUCCUUGGUGGGGAUUUUACCACUUGCACCCUAUCAUUGAACAGUGCGUCUGCCCAAUUAAAUGUGAGUAACCAUUUGGUAUUUUUAUACACUCUCCUGGUUUUAUCACAGUAAGCUCUAUUGUUGUUUUUUAUAUUGCAUAUGGUCCCCAUCUGACGAGAUAUCUACUUACAACACUCCCUCAUGUAUCCCAUAAGUGAGGAUUAUACCACUGUACGCUGUUUAUACUAGAGCUAGUUUUUAGCUCUCAAAAAUGUGAGUAGGACCAUAUAGACCUCUUUUAUCAGCUUCUACCUAUUUGGUUUUUAUUGCACUAUUAUAUUGUCUUUUCUCUUUCAUACGGAUCCCACGAACCCCUCGAUCCCACUACUCCAUAGACGUUGAUAGGGAUAAAAAUUUACCCAAGAAUAUGUUCAGGGGAAACCAAAUUGUUAUAUGUUCGAGCACGCUCUGUGAAGCAAUCAAAUCAGACCAGACACUUGUGAUCCAAAGAUUACAUCACCUUUAUUGGGUGAGCUUACAAGAUUAUAUAGUACUUUAUGACUUGCGCGACAAAAACAGGAUGCUUGAAGGCUUUGUACCAUAAAAGGAAUUUAGAGAACUAAGCAUAUUUCAAUAGUUAUAAAAAAAACAAAAACAUUAGGACAUAAGUUAGGAUAUAAGAAGGGGGGGCUGAGGGUAAAGCUGCAAUUCUCUCCUCAGAAACCACAGAAUGGCUCACAAGUAAAGAAUUUAUGCUUACUUGUCAGACACUGAAACUAGACUAAAAGUUCAAAGCAUAAUAUGAAAGUAAAAACAGACUGGACAUUCGGUCAUCUGUAGCUUGAGCCUUGGGUCAAGGUGCCUUCCAUCACAAUUCCCCUCUUUUUGACCCCAACACCCAGGUGACUGAGGUAUGUCCAGGUAUGCUAGUCAUACCUGUGGGUUUUUUUAUUAUGCCAUCACCACGGAUCUCUCAGACAGGGAAUCCAGGAGUCCCAGAAGUAAUGGUCCUUCAUCGGUUAUACAGCACUGUAGGUGUCAAAGGUUGAGGAAGGAACAGCUUCACGUCGGUUGAUCAGUUGGAGUGAUUUGUUUACAGUGACUUGUGUGUAUCCACGUGGCUUUUCCUUCUAGUUUCACUGAGGUGGCUGUGGUUAGCAACACUUGGACGGGACCAUCAAAUCUUGGCUCAAGCCAUUUUCUCACGUGUCUUUUUAUCACUACCCAAUCUCCAGGUUGUAACUGUAGAGUCUUGUCUUGGGGGCGCAUCCAAAUAAAAUCUCAAAAGGGGGUAGGCAAUUUCUUGGCUGAGGAGUGAAUCUCAUUGAGGAGAGUGCUAGGGGAAGGCAUUCAGUCUAAGGCUUCCCUGUCUCUUGCAUGGCUUUUGCAAUUUUAUUCUUUAGGGUGCCCUUUGCCCUUCCUACUUUCCCACUACUCUGGUUGUGGUAAGGGGUGCGGAAGGCCUGACUGAUCCCUAGUGUCUUCAUUAUUUCAUGCAUUAUUUCCCCAGUGAAAUGGCUACCUCUGUAACUUUCAAUCACUUCAGGUACCCCGUAUCUUCAUACCAGUUCCUUCAGAAUCUUACUUGCUGUGACCUUUGUUUUGGCUUUCGACACAGGGUAGGCCCCAGGCCAACCUGAAAAGAGAUCAAUGCACACCAACACAUAUUCAUACACUCCUACCUUAGGCAGUUGAAUAUAGUCUAUCUGCAGUCUCUGAAAUGGGUAAAGUGGCCUUGGGAUAUGUUUACCUGGUGUUUUGACAGCCUGUCCGGGAUUAUUCUUAGCACAAAUCAUGCAAGCUCGCCACAGUAAACCCAGGUGCCACCCAAUGAGUAUUAUAAAUGUGUGGGUCCAUGGGCUACUUGAGCCAUCAUAGGGUACAAUACUCAUGGUAAAUACAGUAUUUUACCUUUUCUCCACAUCUUGUAAUCAUCAGGUUCUGCAUCUUGUUUCCUCCAGAGAUCUUCUUCUUUGCUUGCUUGCUUCUGCAGGCCUAACAAUAUAUUGUAGUCAACAGUCUUUUCUGGAAGGACAACCUGUGGGAAGGUAUUACCUGUGGAAGGAUGAAGUUGGAUUGCUGCUUGCUUGGCAGCUUUGUCUGCUUUGUGGUUUCUUCUUGUGAUCGCAUCUGUAAUCUUCACGUGAGCUUCCGCCUUGAUGAUGCCUACUUGAGUAGGUAGCAGGAUAGCAUCCAUAAGUGCACUCACUGCUUCAGAGUUCUUUAUUGGAGUUCCUGCUGAGGUGAGAAAAUCAUGAGCCUGCCAUAUAGGCCCAAAAUCAUGGGGUAUACCGAUGGCAUAGCGAGAGUCUGUGUAAAUAUUAGCUUUCUUACCAGAGGCCAGAUUGCACGCUUUAGUAUGUGCCUUCAGCUCAGCCUCCUGUGCAGAGCAUUGAGGGGUGAGUGGUUCAGCUUUAAUUACUUUUGUGUGCAGAGAUUACAGCAUAUCCAGUGUGGAAAUUGCCCUUCUCAUCAGCAUAUCUGGAGCCAUCUACAAAAAACUCAUUCAGGGUUAGACAAUGGAGACCCAAUUACAUGUGAAAAACCUGCUGUCUCUUGUGCCAUUAUGCUCCACAAUUAUGGGGUACCUGGGCUUCAGCUAACCCGUCUGGUGACAGGGAAUUUACAAAAAGAUCAGAAUCACCACUACUCCCUCAGCUGAACUUGUGAUAGAAUGCUGUUAAUAUUAUGCGGGGUGUAAAUGGUAACAGAAUUGUCUAAGACCAUGUCGGUGGCUUUGUCCAGUAAUGCAGCUAGUGCUCUUACACAGGAAGGGGCACCUCUGGCAACAGGUCUAACCUGGUGGAGUAAUAGGCAACGGGUCUCUAUUUCCCACCAUGGUCCUAAGUAAGGACAGCUGUUGCAUAACAAAUCUGCUUGGUGGAAAACAGGUAAAGGAUCUUCUGUAAUCUGGGAGACCCAACGCCGGAGCUGAGGUGAAAAGCAAUUUAAGAGUGUAAAAUGCUUCCUCUGCUUUAGGAGUUAGAUUAAAGGGUUCCUGGGUGAGGCAAUCAUACAAGGGCUGCAUUAGAUUAGACCCAGAAUGGUACGAAGGUGGGCUAGGCUGCGUGGAGGAUUAAUUUGUUCAACAGCAUUUUUCCUGUCUUUUGUGAGAUGCUUUGUACCAUAUAAAAUACAGUGUCCUAGAAAAGUAACAGUGGAAAGGCAUGCCCAUAGUUCGGCCUUGGUAGCUUUGCACUCUGCUUGUGCCAAAAAAUUUAAUAAAGACAGGGUGUGCUCAGUACAUGACUCCUGAUCAGGGCAGCACAAAAGCAAAUCAUCAACAUAUUGUAGUAAUACUACAUCAUCUGCCCUUGGCCACGCUUCUAGAAUUUGGGCUAUUGUCAUGCUAUACAUAGUAGGUGAAUUCUGAGCACCUUGUGGCAACACUGUCCAGGUGUAUUGUUUGUGCUUGUGUGUGAAUGCAAAAAGGUAUGGACUGUCUGGGUGCAAGGGAGCAGAAAAGAAUACAUUUGCCAAGUCAAUGACAUUAAACACCUUAAAAGAAGGUGGAAUCUGUGACAACAGUGUAUGAGGGUUGGAAACAUUGGGGGCAAUUAGUUCGGUCACUGCAUUAAUUGCCCUUAAAUCGUGUACCAUAUGAUAAACCACAGGUUUUCCUUUAUCCUGUUUCUUUUUAAUGGGGUAUUACAAGUAGAUAUUGUAGGGACAAUUACUCCUGCCUGCAUAAGCUCUUGGACAGAUUGGAAGAUGGCAUUCUCCUGUGCUGGGCUGAGGGGGUUCUGUUUCUGGCACUAGGGGCUGGUUCAGUGAUACCUCUCCAGACGGACUAAACUGAAUGUUGGGGCAUUAGGACUGACAAGCAGUCUAGUUACAAGGGAGGUGGAAUCAUGAAAAUUCAGCUUCAUUUUGUGGGUGAGGGGAUGUCGCUAGGGGUCCAAUCUACUCCAUACAUGAAAAUACGUCAUCAGAUUUUUCAUAAGGAAAGACGUAUUUUUCCUGCACCACAGAUCGGACUGCUCCAGUGUCUAGUAGAAAAGCGUGCAGGGACACUGGGUUGUCAAUUUCCUAUUGGGGCGUGGGUGGUGGAAACUGAGUGUCAUGAGAGUUGACAGAAUUGUUCUGCUGGUUCCUAUUUUUAGGAGGUUCCGCUUAAUAUGUCCCUUUCUCCCACAAUUUCUUUAUUGCCUUAGUAGCUCAUUGUCCUUUCUGAUCUUUGACUCUAGUCAGAGCUGUAAAUUCCUCCUGGAUCCUUUGUGAGUUACACAUCUCUAACACCUGUAAAGGGUAAUUCCCUCCUUAACCAAGACAAGACUAUACAGACAGUGUUUAAACCCUUAGGACCACUGCAGUGGAAUUUUCAGUCUGUGUCUUCUUUAUUUAAAUACAGAUCAGCGAUCUGCCUUGGAGGAUUCUGACUCUAAUUAUAAAACUUUAAAAACAAAUGACAAGGCAGACAUACUUGAGCCCCACAUAUAUAUUCUACUAUCUCAAGAUUCCAAGAUUUCUUUCACAAGAAAUUCAUCCUGAACAUAGUAUGUCCCUUUAAAUGUGUUCUUGGGAAAUGGCAAUCUUUAAGUCCAAAACUUACCCGGACACAGAAUAAGCACUUCUCUGAGAGUGAAACAUAGAAACAUAGAAUGUGACGGCAGAUAAGAACCAUUCGGCCCAUCUAGUCUGCCCAAUUUUCGAAAUACUUUCAUUACUCCCUAGUCUUAUCUUAUAGUUAGGAUAGCCUUAUGCCUAUCCCACGCAUGCUUAAACGCCUUUACUGUGUUAACCUCUACCACUUCAGCUGGAAGGCUAUUCCAUGCAUCCACUACCCUCUCAGUAAAGUAAUACUUCCUGAUAUUAUUUUUAAACCUUUGUCCCUCUAAUUUAAGACUAUGUCCUCUUGUUGUGGUAGUUUUUCUUCUUUUAAAUAUAGUCUCCUCCUUUACUGUGUUGAUUCCCUUUAUAUAUUUAAAUGUUUCUAUCAUAUCCCCCCUGUCUCGUCUUUCCUCCAAGCUAUACAUGUUAAGAUCCUUUAACCUUUCCUGGUAAGUUUUAUCCCGCAAUCCAUGAACCAGUUUAGUAGCCCUUCUCUGAACCCUCUCUAAGAUAUCAAUAUCCUUCUGAAGAUACGGUCUCCAGUACUGUGUACAAUACUCCAAGUGAGGUCUCACCAGUGUUCUGUACAAUGGCAUGAGCACUUCCCUCUUUCUACUGCUAAUACCUCUCCCUAUACAACCAAGCAUUCUGCUAGCAUUUCCUGCUGCUCUAUUACAUUGUCUGCCUACCUUUAAGUCAUCAGAAAUAAUCACCCCUAAAUCCCUUUCCUCAUAUGUUGAGGUUAGGACUCUAUCAAAUAUUCUGUACUCUGCCCUUGGGUUUUUACGUCCAAGAUGCAUUAUCUUGCAUUUAUCCACAUUAAAUGUCAGUUGCCACAAUUCUGACCAUUUUUCUAGUUUACCUAAAUCAUUUGCCAUUUGGCUUAUCCCUCCUGGCACAUCAACCCUGUUACAUAUCUUAGUAUCAUCAGCAAAAAGACAUACCUUACCAUCAAGACCUUCUGCAAUAUCACUAAUAAAAAUAUUAAAGAGAAACGGGUCCAAGUACAGAUCCCUGAGGUACCCCACUAGUGACAAGUCCAAGCUUCGAAUAUAUUCCAUUAACUACAACCCUCUGUUGCCUGUCACUCAGCCACUGCCUUACCCAUUCAACAAUAUUUGAAUCCAAACUUAAAGAUUGCAGUUUAUUGAUAAGCCUUCUAUGUGCAACAGUGUCAAAAGCCUUACUGAAAUCUAGGUAAGGGAUGUCUACUGCACCACCCUCAUCUAUUAUUUGGUGAAGGUUAUGUGUAGAACAAUAAAUACUUUUUCUUACCUUGAUGCAGCACUCGUUCAGUCAGAGAGGCACAGAUUCUCAAGUUGCGGAUCAGUGAACCGUCAUUCACGGGAUUUCCGGCAUCAAUUUGAUAGGGAUAAAAAGUUACCCAAGAAUAUGUUCUGGGGAAACCAAAUUGUUAUAUGUUCGAGUGAGCUCGGUGAAGCAAUCAAAUCAGACCAGACACUUGUGAUUCAAAGAUUACUUCCCCUUUAUUGGGAGAGUUUACAAGAUUAUAUAGUACUUUGUGACUUGCGCAACAAAAACAGGAUGCUUGAAGGCUCUUUGUACCAUAAAAGGAAUUUACAAAACUAAGCAUAUUUCAAUGGUUAUAUAUAUAUAUUAAAAAAAAAAAAGGGUGGGGCUGAGGGUGAAGCUGCAAUUGUCUCCUCAGAAACCCUGAAUGUCACAAGUAAAUAAUUUAUGCUUACUUGUCAGACAAUGAAACUAGACUUAAAGGUCAAAGCAUAACAUGAAAGUAAAAACAGACUGGACAUCCGGUCAUCUGUAGCUUGAGCCUUGGGUCAAGGUGCCUUCCAUCUCAAUUUCUCUACCUCAGAUUGAACUGUGAUCUCAUCCAAAGGUUUUACUGGACUCUUUUUGGACUGAUCCUUCUGUACAUUUCACACAUAUACAUACACACAGACUCAUACACACUAUACACAUUAGUUCAUACACACACUGACACACACAUACACACUGACUUCACACAGAUACACACACUGACACACAGAUGCAUACACAAAUAUGCACACAGAUACACACAGAUGCAUACACACAGAUACACACUGACUCAUACUCAUAAGGGAAGACCUGUGCGUAUAAUGGAUGUAGUAUGUGUUUCUGUGUGUAAGGGAUGUAUUGUGUGUGUGUGUGUGUGUGUGUGUAAGGGAUGCAGUGUAUGUUUCUGUGUUUUGUAGUGUGUGUGAAAGAUGUUGUGGGGUAGGACAUGGGAGUUUUUAAAAGUUUAUUCCCAAUUCCUGUUGUUUACAUGUAUCCAGUGAGAGGGCACAGAGCACUAGAGUAUUCCCUGUUGGUCUGGUGGUUGUGUAGGGGCUCUCAGCCUUGGUUGUGUAGGGGCUCUUUUUUCAAGCCCCAGCACCAUGUGGAAUUGGUUGGUUGCCGUGGGGCUCACGAGAAUGAGAGGAUCAACCUCCGCAUGUGAGGCUGAAAGCCUCCUGCCCCCCACAUGCUAUGCAAAAUGGCAAAGAUCUUUGAUUGCCAAUACCCGGGUUGUGUGUGUGUGUGUGUAUAUGUAUGUAUGAUGGCUCUAAUUAUAGUGCUGUAAUAAAGAUUGUAUAUCAUGAUGAAUAUUGGUAAAUAUUACUGCCACUUUCCAUAAUUCUCAUUAUGUUUAUUUCAGUUAUAUUUAGUAAGUCUAGAUUUGUAAGAUGUAAAAUUAAACCUAGAAAUUAACAUCUCUCUGCAACAGGACACCUCCAUUGUAUCUCCAUACCACAUAUUUGUUGUUAUUGUUGUGGAACUGAUUCAGUUUAUCUCCUCUAUCCCCAGUGUGAGUAAGGUGGAAAGAGUGGUCAUCCUAAUGAUUCAGUGUCUCCCUGCUAUAGCUGUAGCUAGCUCAGUAUUGGCAGCUUGUUUUGUAAAACCAGUGACUAAACCUGGAUUGAAAACUGGCUUAAAGAUGGAACUCUUAAUCUGUUCCCGAUCUUUCAAGAUGCAUCAGAUGUCAUGCAUUUGUUUACAGAUGACAUGCAACUGAUGUGGUUAUUAACUUAGUCUGAACAGGAUGUUACUUCUUUACAAAGAUUCGGUGGCUGUUAAGAUUUAGUGUAGAAAAGGUGUUUUUUUUUUUUUAUAUAUUGUUUUUUCUUUUAUAUAUUUUUUUUUUUUGUGAUGAACAAUAAACUUGCAGCUUACACCAUACAGUUAAAUUCAUUUUUUACAUUUUUGUUCUCAAAACAAUUCAGAAAUUUAUUUUGUGGUUUUAAAAAGGCGGUAAUUUAAUUUUAAUUUUGUAAAUUUUAUUAGUGAUUUAUAUUAUUGCUCUUAAAUAACCGUCUUGUCUUGUCUUUUACAAUGACCUGCUGUUCUAGUAUGAGCUCACUGUUAUUAUGCCCCGUUAUGAAUGCUCUUUAGUUUGUGUGCAUUGUGUGGGAUUUGUCAGUGGGCAGAAAUACAGGCAUGGUUAAAGGCUUGGCAAACAUUCAAGUGAUUACAACAAAGCUCUGGGAAUUAAAUCAGUUAAACAUGUUUCUUUUUUGGUUUAGUAGCUCAAUAUAAAUUAUUUCAAAUGUGAUUUUUUUUGGCAGCUUUGUUUUAAUAGAGUCGGAAGUCAUUGAUCCGCUCAGUGUGAGUAAUCCAUAGGGUACAGAACAUAAUGACCACACAAAUGAAAUAACAGAUUAGGAAUAAAGUGCCACAACAAAACUUUUGUAACAAUAUGGCGCUGUGUAACCAUGUGAAAAGCUCAUUUCACAUUUCCUUUUAUGGGCUCUAUGUUACCAAAAUAAUAUUUAUUUAAUUAUGAAGUACUUUCUAAACUUAAAAAACAAACACUUGAUUUUUUGUUAAUGAGGGAACAUUUUCUAUUUUUGCUCCGUCCCAUUAACAUUUAAACCUAGAUUUUAAAGUGCAUUGUUGAUUAUAUUAUAACUUUUUAUUUUAUUUUUAAUACAUUGUAUAGUAUGUGUGGUGUGUGUGUGUGUGUAUGUAUAUAUCUGUGUGUGUGUGUAUAUAAUUUAUUUUUUAAUUAAUUUUAUUAGCAUACAGUUAAGACUUGAGACUAUACGCAACAGAAGUCAUAUACUCAAGAUUGUAUUUUAGAUAUAUAUAUAUAUAUAUAGCUAAAAAAUAAAUGUAAAGUCUAAUAUAUCUAUCAAUCCAUCUGAACCACAUUUCCAAGUGCUUAUAUUGAUGUUUCUGUAAUGUCUUGUGCUUUUGCAUGUCUGUUACAGCACAAUGCAUUCUAUUGUGUAUUCUUGAAGGAAAGCUUGUCCUUGUUCAAGAAAUAAGCUGAACCUUCUAUGUAAAGAAGUGGCAGCCCAGUUAAAUGUUUAGAAACAUGAAACAUUGUUUGUUGCACUUAACUAGAGAAAACACACAAAGAAAUCUCAAAUCUCAGGGUUUACAUUCUAGCCCCUGUUACAUUGUUUACAUUUUUUUGGUCACACAGCCAUAAAUCACAAUAAUUUGAUGGUGUCAGAAAUUCACAGGGGUUUUUAUAGCAUGUAAGAUUUAAAUCCCUGUUUUAACAUGUGACCUAUUUUCACACUAUAUUUCUAACAAGUACACAACACUCUAAAGGACUGUUUUAAAAAUCUCACGUUUGAAAAGCAACCAAUUAUUGUUUGGCUUUGAUUUUUAAAGUUUAAUGUUUUGAGUAUUUCAUAUAUAAAAUAUAUGUGGUGAGUAUGUCUUGGUGAGCAUAUGGCGGACAUCAAGAUAUAGUGUCAUAGUUAUAGAGUAAGUAAUAUAAACUUUAAAAAAAAGGCGGCUAUAGUGCCAGAAAUACAGCUUUGCAUUCCUGCCACUAUAAUAUCCCUUUUAAUGAAUAGGUUAUCAGAGAGUUGUUUGUAUUGGCCCUUUAUAUAUUUCUAUAAUGCUAUCUCAUCCUACCUGAAUUUUAUCAUUUUGUGCAUAACUAAAAUCUAACGGUUCCCUACUGAGUUUUAUAGUCUACCUCUGUACCAUUUUAGCUCCAUAAUAUCCUGCUUGAAAACAGGUGCCCAAAAGGUGAGACAAGAUUAUAUUUUGCCCCAUAAUUACCCCUUUUAUGCAUGACAAUACUUAGUAGCUGCUACCUGGCAUUUCAUGUUUCUCCCUAGUCUCUUGUUUAUAAUUAUUUACAAUUCCUUUUCACUUAUUGUUUUCUCUUUUUAUUGUAUUCAUUUCUUGUGCAUUCCUCACCAGAUUAUGCAUAACUUUGCACCCCUAUUAUGAUGCAUGAUUAUUUGUUUUAGAAAUAGAACAAAAGAACACUUCAAGCACCAUGACCGCUACAACACACUGUGCUCUGGCCGUCCCCCCAAAAGAAGCCAUUUCAGAAUUGUUUGUUUUACUUGGAGUCCCCAGGUCAGAAAUCAGUUUGACUACUUGUAACGGAGCUUCCCGUACUCCGACCGAGUACCCUCCAUUGAUGGACGCUUCCUAGCUUGCGCCGAGGACCACAAGCACCACACCAGACACCACAACCACCGCAGACUCCGCUACCGCUGUAGCUUGACUGGAGUCUCGCCAUCUUCAUUCCACCCUGGAUCAGCUUCUGUCCUCCAGGACCGUGUGGGAAAGAUGUAGCCACUCUGACUCCCUCCUCUCCUCUUCUCUUGCGGCUCUCAGUGAUUACUGGGAGGAAGUGACCGGGGCAGUCACUUCCUUUUAUCACUCUGAUCUCAUUACAGGGGAUCCAGUCACGCUAUAAAGCGCCGCAACACUGACCAGGACCAUGAAGACAUAUUGGAAAAAGAGAAAGAAAACAGCGCUAAAUUGCCACAAUAAAAUUAUAAGAAAGGCAGCAAUCCUCAAAGGGGAGUCCCCAAUAAUCCCCUAAUGAUAACAAAUAGCAAGAACAAACAUAGAUAUAAGGAUGCGCCUAAAACUUGAUAAAAUAAAAGACUAAAUUAGUCAGAUAAAAUACAGAAUAAAAUAAGUAAUAAAACAAUAGUCCAAUAAAAUAGGCUUAUCACAGUCCGUGAGGGUAGGUCCCACUUGUAAAGGAAUAUUCUUUAGGGUGUAGGUGGGAUCAUAUCUUCAAAUGUUGAGAAUUCAGCAUAUGUGGAGAGAAAAAUAAAAACAGGACUCCAAUGGCACAGUAGAUCGGUGUAUAAAAUAAAUAUAAAGGUAUAAAAUCAGUCUUACUCACACUUUUCAGAGCUAGGAUCAGCUCUGAUAUUGCUCGCGUAAAGUGGAAUAAUCCCCACUUCAAGGAUAUAUGGAGUAAAUGUUGAUUGUUGAAUAUCUGACGUGGGUUCAGCGUUCAAUUUGACGUGAUACGACCCAGAGGAAAAAUGAAAUAAAAUAUAUAGUGCUCACUGUAUGUAAUAAAAUUAACAGAAAGUAAAGUAUACUACUCACGUAAAAUAGAGCAGACUCAAAACUGCUCAGUGAAGGCGCUCAGGUGGUAUAAUCCCCACCUAUGGAUUCUUUGCACUUCCUGCAGGGUGAGUCGUAUACGUAAAAGCAAUAAAAGAAAAUGUAUGUAAAAUCAGGUAAAGCAAAUGGCAAUAAAGUAUUUUAUGCCAAUAAAAUAUCUUUAUUAUAGAGUUAAGAACAAAAUCUAUUAGUAUCUAAACGCGUUUCGCCUUAACAGGCUUCUUCAAGUUUCCCACUAUCUACUUGAAGAAGCCUGUUAAGGCGAAACGCGUUUAGAUACUAAUAGAUUUUGUUCUUAACUCUAUAAUAAAGAUAUUUUAUUGGCAUAAAAUACUUUAUUGCCAUUUGCUUUACCUGAUUUUACAUACAUUUUCUUUUAUUGCUUUUACGUAUACGGCUCACCCUGCAGGAAGUGCAAAGAAUCCAUAGGUGGGGAUUAUACCACCUGAGCGCCUUCACUGAGCAGUUUUGAGUCUGCUCUAUUUUACGUGAGUAGUAUACUUUACUUUCUGUUAAUUUUAUUACAUACAGUGAGCACUAUAUAUUUUAUUUCAUUUUUCCUCUGGGUCGUAUCACGUCAAAUUGAACGCUGAACCCACGUCAGAUAUUCAACAAUCAACAUUUACUCCAUAUAUCCUUGAAGUGGGGAUUAUUCCACUUUACGCGAGCAAUAUCAGAGCUGAUCCUAGCUCUGAAAAGUGUGAGUAAGACUGAUUUUAUACCUUUAUAUUUAUUUUAUACACCGAUCUACUGUGCCAUUGGAGUCCUGUUUUUAUUUUUCUCUCCACAUAUGCUGAAUUCUCAACAUUUGAAGAUAUGAUCCCACCUACACCAUGAAGACAUAUGUCUAACAGCUUGUGCCACCCUAUGGGCCACUGAAUGCGUGGCCUCCUGGAGUGACAGGCCCAGUAGAGUGACAAGCUCAAUUGCAGCGGUAAGUCUGUCACUGACUGUGCCAUUUUUAGCUGCAUUGUGUAUGUGGGAACCAUUCAGUGAUGGGGAUACCUGAUAAGUGGUCCAGUCAGGAGCUGGGGACCUUUAAUGGUGCAACUAGCUUCCUGUCAGAUCACCAGUUCUGGGAGGAUGUGGAUUCAGGUAACUUUCUCACAGCUUAGAGUGAAAGCCGAGCAAGCUAAGCAGGAUCCCAGGGAGCAUCAACCUCAGCCAGCAGUCUCACUGGGCCCCAAGGUAGCCAACCUCCUGUACCCAAAAGUUAUGGAAUCAGAAGGGUGAUUAAAAAUGUUUAAAUAACUUUUAUGUAUGUAUGUAUUUGUCAGUGUGCAUGUGUAUCGGCGUGAGUAUAUUUGUACAUAACUUACUUUGAUAAAGCCUGAAGUAAACGAAAAAAGAAAAAGAUCAGUGCUCAAUUGCCACACAAAUAAAUAGUAAGAAGGCAGCACUCCUCAAAGGGGAGUCCACUAUAAUCCCCUAGUAAUAAGAAGACACAAAACAAACAAAAAGGAUAAGGGUGCGCCUAAAAUGUAUAAUAAAAUAUAUAGAGAGUAUAAAAUAUUAAAAAUUAUAAAAUUGAAAUAUAAAAAUUAUAAGCAAUAGUCCAAAACACUUAUCAAGAGUUCAUAAUGGUAAGUUCUUCUUGUAGAGACAGGGAUUCUUGAGACGUGAGAUGGAGUUGAAUCUUCACAGUGAUAUGCUUAGAAUCCAGUGAGGCAUAUAUAAAAGGAAAACAGAAACAGGACUCCAAUGGUACAGUAUAUAGAUGAAAAUUUAAGUUCUAAAAUAGUGAAAAUAGUCUUACUCACACUUUUCAGAGCUAGAACCUAGCUCUGAUAUUUUGCGCGUGAAGUGGAAUAAUCCCCACUCAAGGAUAUGCAGAGUAGUAUUUGAUUGGAGAAUUUCUAGCCCAGGUUCGGCGUUUGAAUUGAUAUUAUUCGACCCAAAACGAGAGGAUAAGAAUAUAGUGCCCUCUGUAUAUAAUUAAACAUUUUAAAAAUGUAAAGUAAAUUACUCACAUUAUAUAGAGCAGACUUGUACUGCUCGGUGUGAACGCUUGGGUGGUAUAAUCCCCACCUAUGGAUUCUUUGAGCUUCUUGUAGAUGUUAGGUCAGGUGCAAAAAUAAAAUAAAAUAAAGAAAAAAUGGCAAUAAAGUGUUUUAUGCCAAAGUAAAUUCUUUAUUAUAAAUAAGUAAAAUAAAAUAGUAUAGUUAUGCAUUAUACAUUAUUUUCAACUCUGGAUUUUCAUUUAAAUUUAUUGCAAAAUACUGUUUUUUUUUUUUUGUUUUUUUUUGGUAGGGAACAUACCUAAAUCUUGUGGAUUGAGCAAAUGUCUUGUAAGUACAUUCUCAUAUUUUCACUACUAGUUUCCAUUGCAGUGUGCACUAUUUAUUUCUCUUUUUCCAUGCCAUACCCCGUUCACCAAUAUAUCCUAAAAUGAGGACUAUGUGACUAAUCAAAAGAAUUAGUUAUCAAGUCCUCAUUUUAGGAUUAUAAAAAAAAAAAGAUAAUAAAAAUGAGCCAGUUUUGGGCUCCUUAUCAUGUGAGUGAACAUUCUUCUUUUUAUUCAUUCAUUUAGUAUCGUUUCAAUAUACUAAGCUAUAUUGAUUUUGCUUUAUCUUCUAUAUUUCGUGGAGCAUUAAGCCAGUAUCAAAAUUGCCCCUACAUCCACAUGCAGGAAUUGUUCCGCUUAAGUUCAUAUGUUGGAGCUACAUUACAUCUCCAAAUAGUGUGCAUCUGAAUCCUUCCUCCAUAUUAUUUGAUCAUACUACACUAUUGGUUUUUAUCCAUGUCCUAUUUUUUUGUUUCUUGUUAUUACACUUAAGGGUAUUUAAAGUUCUACUCUCACCUCUUCUUCAAGUACUUUUCCUAUCUACCAGAGGAUAGGGACCCCAGUUAGGGUUGUUCUGCUAUCUCACCAGCAUAGUCUGCAGCGCUUGACCACUUGUUUUUAAUUUUAAAUGUGUAUGUGUUUAUCUGUGCAUGUAGUAGUGUAAGUGUUUUUAUGUGUAUACAUCUGAGUAUUCAAACUUCAACACUACACUCAAACACACCUGUGAUACACUCCCCUUUCCUAGUGAGUUUGCCACGAGCUCCUGGAAGAGCCUGCUUGCUAGCCUCCUGUCCACAGACUGUGGGCCCUGCAGGGAAACCUGUAAAAGACUAUUUAACUGGCUUGGUUUCUGUGAUUCCCCCAUGCUGUUCCAGAACCGAAUCGCAGCACGAACUAUAGACCACCCAGGAGCUUGUUAAGCCUAAUAGAUACACUGUAACAGUCAUAACCGCAGUGUUCUAAUGGUUCAUCUGGGUGGUGGCCAUCUUGUUCGCACAAACACAGGCAGCGGUGUUUGGUUGUCAAGUUCAUGGAACUAAAAACAGACACUGAAGCUCCCGAACACCGCUGGACUCCCAUGAUCGCUGCGUUUGGUUUUAUAUAGCUUUGAAGAACACUGUUCUUUGGGAUCAUUUGUCUGGAUGAAGGGAACAAGCUCCACGGUAUGUCAAUGGAUUCUGUUUGGUAGCUUGUUCUCUUUUAAACUACUGAACUUGACCGACCACUACCACUUUUUCCCUGGAACUAUUUUGGGCAGGAGCCUCGUGUGCGGUCGGUCAAAUUUUGACUUCCAUGGAAAUCCCAAACCCCUGAACCGAUCUGGGUGAUGUUUGGAGAUGUUGGUCACCCAGAUCAGGACUGUUGGGGGAUAUAACUUUUGUCGGGUUUUCAUGUAGUUAAAAGUACUUUUGAAAUGUCUGUGAAAUGUGUUUUUUUUGUGCCUGGAGAUAAUUGAGUUUGUACAGUUCCUGACUCAAUUAUCUCCUAGGCAUAGGGGAGGGAUUAUCCUUUUUUGUGUGGGAGUGUCAUGGGCGUGCUUGUCUGUGUUCAGAAAUGUAUAAAAGCAGGCCAUCUGGCCAGAUUAAAAUAUUCCAGCUUGUACUCCCACAACUAUGUGUCAUCUGGUUACUGCGAGGGGAAAGGGCUUGUUCCAGUGUGGAGGAUUCAACAGGCAAAGUCCUUGUAAGAACUAGAGCUCCCAGUACUGAGUGUUGUCCAGUGCCUGGGAGUGGAUAGAGUGAGUUCCCAAUUCGGCUCCAGGAUGGAGAGGUUCCAGGACCCCAGUCAAGACAUGGCGACUGGGGGCAGGAGUGCUGAGGUUUGUCCCCUGUUCCAGCUAGGAAGCAGUCCUUUGUAGAGGUACCCAGCCCUGUAUUCUAAACACCAACAUUUCAUACAAAUACACCCCUUUAAUCAAACGGCAACACCAUACAAACUACAUUCAAAUACACUCUGCAGUCAAACAUCAAGCUGCACACUAACAUCAACACUACACACAAAUUCACACACCUACACCAUAUAAAAAUAUGCUUACGUUCAAACAUAGAGAAACUGCUCACAAAUAUAACUCUGCAAGGAUGAGCAAAAUGUAAAUCCCCCCCAGCUUCAAAGUAUCGUGGGAGUUGUACUAUAUUCAAGGGUCAACCUUUUAGUCACAAUUGCAUGACAGGGAGACCCUAAAAAUGUAAGGUGCCAAGGCCUUCCUUGUAUUAAUGGAAUAAAUGGUCACAGAUUUUAAUUACAGCUUGCAUGCAUAACCUCUCAUGUUCUAAUAAUCCAGUAAAAAUUAUGAUUGAUAAAGGAGUGGCUGGGAUAUCUCAUCUAAUGCCUCUCUUCAGUGAGAUACAGAGAGCAGAAGAAAAUCCCAUGAACUGGCAUAAAGGAACCUUGUGAGGGAUCAUUUUCUUUCUAGAAUGUAUUACCAGUUUAAGAAAUUACAUUUACUUCAAGGGGGGAGAUACUUAGGGGAUGUUUGUAUUUGCGUGUGUGUAGUAGUUUUGAAAAAAAAUGUUUUUGAGUGCAAAUCAACUGCUAUUUAGAAAUAGUUAGAAGAAAAAGGAGAAAAACACUACUUUUGAGUCCUUAAAACGCACAUAUUCGCGCCCCCCUUUUAAAUUAAGAUAAUGUUUUUUGCUAGACAGGAGGUGAAAACUGAGGCUUUAAAUAUGACCACCAGAUAGUCCCUCAAAUGUUUGGUCCCCUGGUGAUACAUAUCUCGUUUUCAUCACCCUAAUGGCAUUACUUUAAAAAAAAAAAAUAAUGGGGGGGGGGUUAAUCUGUAUCUCUAUUUUCUGAUCUCUGAAAUUGAUUUGAUUAGCUAAAUACUUACUAUUGAUUGCUAGUUAAUUAGCUUUUGUUUGCAAAUAAGCAUAGGCCUACCCAGGUGUUAAACAUUCCUAGUGGGUGGUGAUUUUAGGAGUUAUAUAAGGGUUGUUGUCAUUAGCUUGGCUAAUAUAGCUUGGUUGCUUCAUCUAAGUGUUGAUUCUAAGUGUGUGGUUGGAGAUAUUCUGGAGAGUUUUACAGAAGCUUCAACUGUCUAAGAGUUGUGCUAAGGGUUUUCUUUUCUACUGUUACAGGUAAGAUUCAUCUGUAGGAAAAGGUUACUGAUUGUACAAGGUUCGAUUUUCUGUUGGUAUUUGGUAAGGCAUUUGAUUUGAUUAGCUAAAUACUUGCUAUUGAUUGGUUAAUUAGCUAUUGUUUGCAAAUACGUAUUUGUAAUAUUGUUAAGUGAGCAAAGCAGGAAGGGGAAUUCGAUGUACUUGUCCAUCUAGGGACAAAUGUCUUGGCUUGCAAUGAGGUUUCAGAGGUUAAGGAAGUUUUUAGUGUUUUUGCCAAUGAUAUACGACAGGUUGCUUCCACACUGUCAUUCUCUGAAGUUCUGCCUGUGCAGAACACUCAGAACGAUAGGCGGAUGCGUAUUAGGGACUUUGUGGCUUGGUGAAUUGUGUCGGGAGCAAGGAUUUGGCUUUAUUUCUCAUGGUAUCUCUGUUUGGAAUGGAAAUAAACUGUACAAAAAAGAUGGUUUGCAUCUUUCUCAAAAGGGAACAAAUGUUCUCAGUGAGCAGUUCAGAGGUUUUGCUAGGAUGUGUUUAAACUAGGGGGGAGGGGCAAAAGGGUGAUAAAACAUCAAUCCAAUUGCCCCCCAAAACAAGGACAGAAGGUGCCUGUAGCAAGUGUGUUAAAAAAUGAUAAGCUUAGAGUCAUGGUUACAAAUGCUCACAGUUUAGGAAAUAAGAUCCAUGAACUUGUGGUAAUAAUGGCAACUGAUAAUGUAUAUUUAGUCGCUGUUACUGAGACAUGGUAUAAUGAGAAAAAUGACUGGGACAUAGCAAUACCAGGGUACUCUUUUUAUAUAGAAGAGACAGGGAAGGCAAGAAAGGGGGAGGGGUGGCCCUGUAUGUGAAAGAUAGCAUAAAAUCUAGCCUAAUAAAAGUUAAUGAGGCGAACAUAGUCUGUUUGGGUUACGUUAGAAUUUGGUAAUCACACAGUAAAUCGCGUAGGUGUGAUUUAUAGGCCCCCAGGACAAAUAGAAGAGUUAGAUAAUCUACUAGUUGAGGAAAUAACUAAAAUGACAAUGAAGGGGGAAGUUAUCAUCAUGGGUGACUUUAAUCUUCCUGAUGUAAAUUGGAAAACAAAAUUAGCUACUUGUGCCAGGAGCACACAUAUUCUAAACUUCCUACUGGGAUUGUCUCUAAAACAAGUCGUUGAGGAGCCAACUCGUAAAGAGGCCAUACGAGAUUUAGUGUUAACAAAUGGAGAUUUGGUAUCAGAUAUUACUGUAGGUGAAAGUUUAGGAUCCAGUGAUCAUAAGUCAGUGUGGUUUAAUAUAAGAACAGUGACUGAGUCACACCACACAAAAAAACAAACGUUUUAGACUUAAAAAAACAGACUUUUCUAAAAUUAGAAUAUGUGUAAAGGAGUCAUUAUCAGUCUGGAGCAAUUUAAAUGGAGUCCAAGAGAAAUUGGAUUAUUUAAAAGUUGCACUGAUGAAGGCAACAGAAAAUUGCAUUAGGCUUGUCAGUAAAAGCAAAAAAUUCAAGAAACCACUGUGGUACUUUGCAGAUGUUGCCAAAAUAGUAAAAAACUAAAAGUUAGCAUUUAGUAAUUAUAAAAAAACACAGAGUGAGGAAGAUAGAAUGAUCUAUAAGAUUAGGCAGAAAGAGGCUAAGCAAGUUAUAAGAGCUUCCAAAUCACACACAGAAGAGAAAAUAGCACAGUCAGUAAAAAAAGGGACAAAACAUUUUUUACAUACAUAAAUGAGAAAAGUAAAGUAAAACAAGGAUUAGUUAGAUUAAAAACAAAAGAAGGAAGGUAUGUAGAAGAGGAUAAAGGUCUAGCUGACUGCCUCAAUGAAUAUUUUUGUUCAGUAUUUACAGAUGAAAAUGAAGGAAAGGCCUCAGUUAGGAAAAAGGACACAUGAGUAAUUUAUUACAUGUGAGUUUACAGAGGAAGAGGUUCUAUUUUUUGAUUGGGUAACUAAAAUAAUAGAUCAGGGUGGUGCAGUAGACAUUGCUUACCUAGAUUUCAGUAAGGCUUUUGACACUGUUGCACAUAGAAGUCUUAUCAAUACAUUGCAAUCUUUAAGUUUGGAUUCCAAUAUUGUUGAAUGGGUAAGGCAAUGGCUGAGUGACAGGCAACAAAGGUUUGUAGUCAAUGGAGUAUAUUCAAAGCUUGGGUUCGUCACCAGUGGGGUACCUCAGGGAUCUUUUUAUUAGUGAUAUUGCAGACGGUCUUGAUGGUAAGGUAUGUCUUUUUGCUGAUGAUACUAAGGUAUGUAACAGGGUUAAUGUUCCAGGAGGGAUUAGUCAAAUGGCAAAUGAUUUAGGUAAACUAGAAAAAUGGUCAGAGUUGUGGCAACUGACAUUUAAUGUGGAUAAGUGCAAGAUAAUGCAUCUUGGACGUAAAAACCCAAGGGCAGAGUACAGAAUAUUUGAUAGAGUCCUAACCUCAACAUCUGAGGAAAGGGAUUUAGGGGUGAUUAUUUCUGAUGACUUAAAGGUAUGCAGACAAUGUAAUAGAGCAGCAGGAAAUGCUAGCAGAAUGCUUGGCUGUAUAGGGAGAGGUAUUAGCAUUAGAAAGAGGGAAGUGCCUAUCCCAUUGUACAGAACACUGGUGAGACCUCACUUGGAGUAUUGUACACAGUACUGGAGACCGUAUCUUCAGAAGGAUAUUGAUACCUUAGAGAGGGUUCAGAGAAGGGCUACUAAACUGGUUCAUGGAUUGCGGGAUAAAACUUACCAGGAAAGGUUAAAGGAUCUUAACAUGUAUAGCUUGGAGGAAAGACGAGACAGGGGGGAUAUGAUAGAAACAUUUAAAUAUAUAAAGGGAAUCAACACAGUAAAGGAGGAGACUAUAUUUAAAAGAAGAAAAACUACCACAACAAGAGGACAUAGUCUUAAAUUAGAGGGACAAAGGUUUAAAAAUAAUAUCAGGAAGUAUUACUUUACUGAGAGGGUAGUGGAUGCAUGGAAUAGCCUUCCAGCUGAAGUGGUAGAUGUUAACACAGUAAAGGAGUUUAAGCAUGUGUGGGAUAGGCAUAAGGCUAUCCUAAUUUUAAGAUAAGGCUAAGGAAUAAUGAAAGUAUUUAGAAAAUUGGGCGGACUAGAUGGGCCGACUGGUUCUUAUCUGCCGUCACAUUCUAUAUAGUUGUAACAUGCUGCACAGAUUCUUAAAAAAAUAUAGCAUACUGUUUUAGAUAAUGUUUUCUGCAACUAUAUAAUUCAUAGAUGUCUAAAUUUUUUUUAAAAAAUGUUUAAUUAUCAAAGUUAACAUUUAUAUAUAAUCUUUUCAUGGAGUGUCAUUCUUUAAAUCUGAUCAACAAAAUAUUCAUGUUAGAAUGACUUGCAUUUGUAGCUCUUGGUUCAUAAAAGACAAUCACAGUUUGUGGUCCCUGGAUAAUAGCAAAAUGGCCACUAUAGUUCCCCUUGGUGUGCACCUAAAGAACUUUUUUAGAAUGGGUUGACAACUUACCUGGGUUAGCUGGGCACCUAUGCUGCAUCUGGUCAACACCUGCAGAACAUGUUCAUUGAACGAUACAGGACCUUGCACAUUGAUGAGAUGUUUUAGCUGGCAUUUUAAGCCAAUAAGUGUGGCCUACUUCGCUCAGGGGAGCAAACUUUAUUCUCCUACAAGGAGAAUAUGGAAGCUGGCUCUGUAGCUACGGGGACCCGGAAGGACCCUGGUAAAUGUUUCGACUGUCCUAAAAUGGUUUGACAGAUUACUCAGGGUGGGUACAAAGACACUGCCUGCUGUUGUAGAUGCUUGGAGUGUCCCUUUAAUGUAUUUUCUUGAAAAUUUUUAUGACGGUUCCUCUCUCUAAUUAUUGUGUAUGUAUCCUUUUAAAAUGUAAAAAAUGAUUAUAAUGAUAUAUAGAGAUUGGAAGAUUAAUCCUGGUCAUGCUGGGUAAAAAAAAGUCUGCUUAUUUGGUUGGCAUUUUGUACAUGUGUAAAGAGAUAAUAUACAGUUCUUUUACUCUAUCUCGGUGUUACAUCAAACCUAGCUAGGUACGAGAUAUAUAUUUUCGAUAAAAAGUGUGAAGAAAGAUAAUUAUAUUUAUUUAUUUUUUAAGCUGUUUUUUUUCUUUUCUUAAUAUUUUGUAAAUUUCAAAGUAGGUGUUUAAUUAUAAUGAGAAGCAAAUUAUUAAUGCCAUGGUUUAUACAAAAAAACUAAAAUACCCGGUUUGUGUGACACGAUCAUGGUGGCAUGUAGAAUAAUAAAGAUGCAUACAUAGCAAAAUCAAACGGCAGAUAUCCUGCUCACAUUUCUGUAGUUUAUCAGUUUUUUUCCCCCUUCCAAAAAUGGUCCUUUUAACUAAUCAUGUGUUUGUAAUCAAACAAAAAUGUUAAAAUGUGCAUUGCCUAUCUGCAUUUUCCUUUAUGACUUUUUGAGUUUGUUAUGGUAACCGCAUAUUUGCAGAUCUGUGCUGUGUACAGGGAUUAAAAAAUAAAUAAAAUAUAUAUAUUUUUUUUUAUUCUCUAUAUUUGUGUACUCUGUUUACGCUUUUCCUCACCUCUGUUAAAAGUAACAUCCUGAUUUGUGUACUGUCCCGAGCCACAAAAUACUAAUCUGGAAUUUUUUGUUCCUUUUUUGUUUAUAUUUAGCUGGCCGAUGGAGGAGUCUCUUUUCCACUCCUGUUUCCAUGUCUUUUCCAUAUAGUCCUGUUGCGAGACUCACUCCGUAUUGCAAUGGCUUAAAUUCUCCCAGCAUCCUUAAAAACCCAACUAAAGCAAUACUAACACCUGAGAAGACAGGUAAUGCUUCCAACUUCUUUUAUGUACACUUUUCCAUCAUAUAUAUUUUACCGUAUACGGUGAACUAGGGGAGAGGGGGGAAACAACAAAAACAUUUCCCCCCCUUACAUCUCAUUUUUUAAAUCACAUCACAUUUCGGGAUCAUUGGUCCAUUUUGGUUUAGCCUAAUAUGGGUUCCAAGUUUCACUGCAUUACAAUCCGUUUAUGGUGCCAAUUUGUAUCCUGAUCAUAUUAAUUAUGUAACUCCAUAAAUUGUCAUUUAAUGCUUUAUUUAAUGUUUUAGUUAACAUAUAAUGCAAGUGUUACCAUUAUAAUUAUAGGUCCAUUUUCAGAAAUGCUUCCAGGUUCCACUGCUGGGACACAGGUUGGAUUGCCUUGGAAGUUAAAAUAUUCCCACACAUAGACUGCUGGGAAAUUGUAGGCCUCAUACCCACGCUAGAACACCCAACAUACCUGGGUGUGUUUGAAGGUAUUGGCUGUGGUGUCAAGAAUCCUCUUCUAUGUAACUGUAUGGGUCAAAUUAAGGACUAACCCACGCUAUUACAUCAAUUUGUAGUAUCCUGUGUACUAUCUUAAAUAUAAUUUUUAGUCUUUUUAUGUACUUGUACUGACUGCACACUUAUAUAAAGAGAUCAGAAAAUACAUGUAAAACCAGCAUUCAUCUGCUGUGUAACCUGAGUGGGGAAAAUACAUAUGAAUUUAAAGAGAGCUUUUUUUAUUUUACAUUUUACAUUUUACAUUUUUUUUAAAAGAAUACAUGUUAAGUGUUGGAGAGAAUGAAUGUUGCUAUCUGUUCUUGAGAUGACAUACAGUUGUGCUCAAAAGUUUACCUUUCUUGGAGAAUUGGUAAUAAAUGUACAAUUUUUAAAGAAAACGUGAGUGAGCAGGCAAAACACAUUUCUUUUAUUGCUUAUCUUCAACUGUAGGUUAUAACAGAAUGGCACAAUCAUAAAACAAAACAUGUCAACAAAGAAAAAAACGGAAAUUACCCCUGUUCAAAAGUCUGCAUAACCUUAGUUCUUAAUACUGUGUAUUACCCCCUUUAGCAUCAUAUAUAUAGCUGCCCAUUCGUCUUGGCAAAAUGCCUUCAGGUCAUGCAAAGUCUUUGGUCGUCUUGCAUGAACCGUACGUUUGAGAUAUCUCCAGAGUGGAUCAAUGAUAUUAAGGUUAGGACACAGUGAUGGUCACUCCAACACCUUCACCUUUUUCUGCUGUAGCUAGUGACUGGUGGGUCAACUUGUCCUUGUGCUUAGGGUGAUUGUCAUGCUGGAAUGUCAAAGAGCAGCCCCUGUGCAGAAGAAUGCAAAUUGUCUGCCAGUAUUUUCUUAUUACAUGCUGCAUUCAUCUUGCCAUCAGUUUUCACAAGUUUCCCCUUGCCUUUAGGACUCACCCUCACCACCCCCCAAAACAUCUGAGAGUCACCACCAUGCUUCACAGUGGGGAUGGUAUUCUUUUCACUAUAGGCCUUGUUGACUCCUCUCCAAACAUAGCGCUUAUGGUUGUGACCAUAAAGCUCUAUUUUGGUCUCGUCACUCCAAAUUAUAAUGUUCUAGUAGCUGUGAGGCGUGUCAAGGUGCUGUUGGGCAUAUUGUAACCAGACUUUUUGUGGCAUUGGCACAGUAAAGGCUUCUUUAUGGCAACUUAAAUAAUGCAGCUCAUUUUUGUUCAAGUAUCGUCAUAUUUUGCUCCUUAACCCCCUAAGGACCAAACUUCUGGAAUAAAAGGGAAUCAUGACAUGUCAUGUGCCCUUAUGGGGUUAAAACAACCACAUUGUCUUUUUCCAGAGCAGCCUAUUUUUCUUCUGAGGUUACCUGUGGGUUUUUCUUUUUAUCCCAAACAAUUAUUCUGCAGUUGUGGCUGAAAUCUUUCUUGGUUUACAUGACCUUGGCUUGGUAUCAAGAGAUCCUUGAAUUUUCCACUACUAUAAGUGAUUGAACAGUACUUUCAUUUUCAAGGCUUUGGAUAUCUUUUUAUAUCCUUUUCCAUCUUUAUAAAGUUCCAUUACCUUGUUACACAGAUCUUUUGGUAGUUCUUUUCUGCUCCCCAUGGUUCAGUAUCUAGCCUGCUAAGUGCAUCCAUGUGAGAGCUAACAAACUCAUUGACUAGUUAUAGACACACAAAUUGCAAUUUAAAAAGCCACAGGUGUGGGAAAUUAACCUUUGAUUGCAAUUUUAACCUAUGUGUGUCACUUUGUGUGUCUGUAACAAGGCCAAACAUUCAAGGGUAUGUAAACUUUUGAUCAGGGCUAGUUGGGUGAUUUCUGUUAUCAUUAUGAUUUAAAAAGGAGCCAAACAACUAUGUUAUAAUAAAUGGCUUAAUAUGAUUAUUAUUCUAUAAUAAAAUAAAUAUUUUUGCAUGAUCAUUCAUGUUUUCAAAAUCAAUGCCAAAAUCUCACAAUUUCUGCUGGUUAUGCAAACUUUUGAGCACAACUGUAUAGUUAUAUGUGUAUACCUCAACUUUUUUAAUCGGUGGCUGUUAUGAGAUAUUUUAAGCUACUUACUAAUAAGCAGAAUAAAUGUAUUUUACUAGCACAGACUGAUUUCUAAACAAAUUGUUGUAGUUCAAAUACCUAUUACUGAGGGUUUUAUUGCUGUGGUGCUUUGUUAUACACUCACACACCAACAAUUUUGAGCUCAUCGAAAAGAGGGGUAUUACAAUAGAAAAGAGGAACAGAAGGAUAUGGGCACAAAAUAGAAAGUACCUCCUAAAUGGGGGCACUUGGGUGGAAUGCAUCUGAAUAGUGUACCUCCUAAAUGGGGACACUUGGGUGGAAUGCAUCUGAAUAGUGUACCUCCUAAAUGGGGACACUUUUUUUUAUUUUUUUAUUACUUGGCUGAACUUUGCUUUUGCUUUUCCUGUGUUAGGUUCCCAGACGGUGUAUGUUAAUACAUUUGUUUGUAGUGCUACUUUUAAUGUAUUAAACUUCUGUUUUGUGAUUUUUCUUUUUUAUUUUCUUGAGACGAGUUAAUCCUAGUUAAUGAUCUCUAGAGAGAACAUCAACCUGCUGAAGUUGACCUUUUUAUUCAGUAAUGUAGCCAUUACCAUUUGUAUGUUUCUCGAAAUGCACCAUUUUACGGUCUGUAUUCCACAAGUAUGCAUCAUGCAGCAUUUAGUGCUUAGUAAUUAACACAUCUUAAGAAGUAUCAAUAUUUUAAUUGGGUCUACUGAGUUCUGAAAACCAUUACAUCGCAGCUGAACUACUUGUCUUUAUGUGAUCAUAUCUGAAUAAUGAGUCUCGUUCAUUAGUAGUAAUGAUUGGGAUUGAUGUAGAAAAUGUAUCUUACAAAAUAUCUAUUUUCAUCUGCUCCCUAUAUAUUAGUCUCACUCUUAGCACCCGCAGGAUGUGGUGUGAUAUCUGUCCUUACACCCCAUGUGACUGUAUUUACACUAUGUCAGUGAUUGGAGCACAGAAACACCGCUUGCUCCCCUGCUAGACACUAGGGAAGCAGCCACCCUUUACCACCACCAUUAUACGUAAAUGGUCAAUAACCUCUGGGUUUACACUGACUUCACUUGUGUUCUUAAACCCUUUAAAGUGUCAGACAGUCAGUGUAAACCUGGCGGUUAGUCACUUACACUGUGGUCACAACAGAAGUUAUGAAAGGAAAAAGUAAAGUAAAAACUGUCUAAUCUACAAUCUACAAUCACUAAAUUAUAAAGUCAACUAAAUGUCCUGGGAUGAACUUGUCUCUGGCACAUCUCCAGCCACAACCCCUAAAGCGGAAAGUGUCUCUCUCAGCCAUUUCAAAUGUUGGAAAGUAUGCUAACCUGGAAUUGCAAUUAAAGUAACACAGUAGGCACUGUAACUGCUUAAUCUCACUGAAGUGGUUACAGUGUCUGGAAUCCCCUAGUACCAUCAUUUAAGCUUUCAAUGUUAUAUGAGAGUUCCCAGUAGCUCAUCCCCCUGUGCAGCUCAGACUAGAGAGGAAGAAUUGUGUUGCUGUGAUUGGCUGAGAGUGUAAGCUGACCACUUCUAUCUGUACCUGGUAAAAUACAUGUUCUCCCAUGUUUGUGUUAAAGAGUUACUCCAACCCUUUUGAGGAGGGGGGCCUUACUGGUGUAAAAUGCCAUAUUGGGCACUGUGGAGAAGAUCCCCCAUCUGUUUGUGGUACUACCCGCAAAUAAAAUGAUUUUACUUACCUGAAAUCCAGCACCGGGCCAGGCUCCCAGUGCAGACCUUCUGCGCACCUUCUCAGGUCACUGGGGCCUUGCACAGUCCAAUUACACACACACAGAAUUUUUUUUAAAUUUUUUUUUUAAAUACUGACGACAACUGUGGGAGGGAGAGGAAAGCAAGGGGAAUAUUUUUAUGUCUGUCAGCAGUGUGCAGUGCCACUUGUGCCGAGGUUCAAGCUGAAACAGUGCAUAUACAUACUGUUACCUCCAUGACCACUUCAAAUCACUGAAGUGGUCAAGGUGGUUCGAGUAACACUUUGAGAAUAAGAAAUGGUUUUACUUGCCUACCAGUGCCGACACACUAUCUGCUGCCGACUUCUUCACUUCCCUUAGGAGGCAUGGCCCAAUCCAAUGAUCCUGCUAGAAGACCUGAUGCGCAUGUACGGGAGUGCUGCAUGCGCAUCUAAGCUUCCCCUUGGGAAAGCGGUCAUAGCUACGCAAGCUCCUGUAGUGGCUGUAUGUGUAGCAGCCAGUAGAGGACAAUUUAAACCCUGCAAUGUAAACACUGCGGUUUCGGGGAAAAAAAAGACAACUGCAAUGUGUUACAUUUGCAGGGUUGCAACUAAAGGACCACUGCACCCAGGCACUUAAUUGAGAUGAAAUGGCCUAGGCUACUUCAGUUUUCCUUUGAGAUUUAUACAUUUUAAAAGAAUCUGCAUACUUGCCACAGGUGGCCGCCUCUCUCUUUAUGUUGCUUUACAUGCAGUCAUUAUGGCUAUUUGCUCAUAGCCCUGUUAAGCAUUACAUUCAGUUGGGUUUGAUACAGCAUUGAUACUGUAAAAGGAAACUUUCACAUAACCUCAACAAUGGUAUUCAUUCAGAGCAGACAUGCUCAACCCUUACAAUACAGAAACUGUAUUCUAAAGGAGUCUGUAUAAACAGAUAUUGCUUUACAAAUCAAUAAAACAACUGUUUGAAAAGUAAAUUGUUAUUGCAUUCCUUUACUUUGGCAAACCGCAUCAGACAUAGAGCAUCAGGGAAGGAACUUGGGCUUCUUUGUGUGUUCCAAUUAAUGUUUUUCUUGUUUUGUAGUGCGAACACCUGCUGAUUACUAAAACCUAUUUUAUGAUAAAAUGUGCAUUGUUUUUACUCCCAACUAUUUUAAUGUAACCAGCAUGGUCGCCAAUUAUAUGAUAAUAUUAUGAUAAUUUGACAUCUGUGUCCUGGUAAUAGUAACCGUCUGUAAAAUGUUCCUCUUAAUUGGCCUUGAAAAAUGGCCAGCAGGAGUUGUAUGUGUGUUCAAGGUUCCAUCAAUUUCCCCAGUAUGGUAGGAUAUAUAUUUACAUUGUUUUGUUUAUGUUUACAGCUAUACUUUUUUUUUUUUUUUUCUAGGUUACCACUCUAAGGGUUCUGCUUUGAGCCCACAGUCUUCAGUAGACAGUGAACUGAGUACCUCUGAGCUGGAGGAUGAUUCAAUCGCCAUGGGAUAUAAGCUGCAAGACCUCACUGAUGUUCAGAUUAUGGCUCGGUUACAGGAAGAAAGUAAGGGUUAUAUUGUCUACUACCUCUCUCACUAUGGUCAGAAGAUUUUUUAUGUAAAACUGGUAUACCCACAUCCAGUGGAUCAUAUGAUUAGAAAUGGGCAUAUAAGACUAGAGUAAUGUUGCAAAAACUCUAUCUAUCUAUCUAUCUAUCUAUUUUUUAGAUAUAUCCUUUUUUUUUUUUUUUAUUGACUUUUAAGUAAUCCUCAUUUAUGAACUGGCUUCCACUCAUUAGAUAAAAUUACAGAAGAUCUAAAAAUAAGCAGUUAGUACAGAAAGACAUAUACGAGAAGUUUAUUUUCUAGGUUUUGAUUAGAUUUAUUUACCUGUGGGUAAAUUAAAUACAUUUUAGUGAAAACGGAGUAUGUUUCAUAAUGUGAUGUAUUUAUUAUUUUAGGCCUAAGGCAAGACUUUGCAUCUACCUCCACUUGCAGUUCUGUGUCAAGACAUCGCUCCAGCUUUUCACUAUUCUCUGGGAAGAAAGUAUCAUGUAUUAGUGAUCAAGACUCCGACCGCUACAGUGUUGAAGAUGAUGAUGAAGACUUUGAUAAUUUACCACCACCUCAGCCCCGACUCAGUCGUUGUUCCCCUCUACAGAGAGGAAUUCCUCAUUCACAGACUUUCUCUAGUAUUCGGGACUGUAGAAAGAGUCCUAGCUCUCUCUAUCUCAACUCAAAUGGUUAUCAGCAAUACAGUUAUACGUCACCAACCCAAACACCAGAGCAACCGCAGAACAGGAUAUAUGGAGGUAAGACAGUAAGAUCAAGGCUUCUGAAAACCAUUUCAACGGAAAUAUAUGCCUUACCUGUGAAUUCACAGUUUUGUGUUCUGUAUAGGUGUAGUAUGUGCAUAAUUUAUGGCAUCACUUAUGAAAAACUGCAAUCAUACUUGGACUGAUUCAGGGCAAGACAUUGAGCAUCAAGCUCUUCUUUUUUUGUUUGAUAAACCCAACAUUCGGCUGAUCAAAUCCAACGUUCAUUCCCUGCUAUUCAUGCAGGACCAAGACCAUUUUCUGCAGUAUCACCUAAUUCAGACCUGUUUUGGUGCUAUGUCUUCAUAUUCAGCCUCUUAAUGAAUAAUAUAAGUUUUGGAUUAACAUUUGGCACACUGCAAAGACUAACCUUAGCCUCUACCAGCAGAGUACAAUAGGUUCAGAUUGAAAAUUGUAAGAGACCAAUAUCCAAUUUGUUUCUUCCAUCAAGGACGAACUUGCUGGAAGAGGUCUAUUAUUAUAAUCACUCAGUACAAUGACGAAGCCUCCCCAGUAACUACAAUUGCGGUUAUAAAAGCCACAUAUCACGAUAUACACGCAACAAGUCUCUGUCAAUAACGAUAAAAUCCAAUUGAGUGCGUUUAGUAACCUGUGCUGCAAGAGACCUGUAUCCACUAGUCUCUGCCAGCAUUAGUAAUAGCUUCUGCCAAACCUAUUGCAUUUCCAGUAAGCUCUAUCCAUUUUCUAUUAUAAUAAUAAACAUUUAGGUCUAAUCUUUUAUUUACACCUUUGACCCAGUAACAAUAAUCUGGGUUUAAGAGACAGUUAUCAAGAUAUUCAUUCACAAGUCUCUGUCAGCAACAGCGAAGAUCAAAUUGGGUGUGACAAGUAACCUGUGCUGCAACAGACAUUUAUUCAUGUGUCUUUUCUACCAAUAACAAUAGUUUCUGUGAAACUGACUACACUACAUCAUCAGUAAGCUAGAAAUUUGAAACAUUAUUUCUCUGCUAGCAAUAGCAAUUUUUUACCUUAGGAGCCAGAUUGCAACAUAAUAGCUAUAGCCAAUACAGUAUACUUAAUACAGUAUAUAUUUUCUUGUGCACUCCCCAAGGUAUCCUUACUUGAGGGAUAGGACCUAUACAAACAAUCUUAUUGGAAUAACGCAAUUACAUUGCUGUAAGACCAUAAAGCACCUUAUUUUGCAAGGUAUCUCUAGCUAAGGGAAUGUAUAUAACGAGUAGAGGAGAGGAAGAGUCUGCGCUAACUCAAUUGAGCAGCAACCCUAAAAGGGAAUCCCUCACGAAACCCUUUGUGAAACAAGGAGGUACAAAACAAGGGAUGAAGGGCUGCGCUUUAACUAAAAUGAGUAAAAGGGAUAAAAACAAUUAAAGUUCAUCCGAAUAAAUAAAAAAUAUAUAAAUUAAAACAGUCUCACUGGUGUGCAGUAAUGUAAUAUAAGUCCUCAAGUGUCGCUCCGUCCUUAUGAUAGGUAGUCCAUAUAUGUGAAGACAAAAAUAAGAGAACAAGGCUUCCAAUGGUGAAAUAUUGUAUGUCCAAAAUGUGGUAUAUAUUCAAAGGAAAGGUGUUUAACUCACAUUUGUUGGAGCUCUAACCAGCUCUAGGAGAAGAGGCACUUAGUGGUUUAAUCCCCACUAUCGGAUAUACUUAAACGGUUGGUCCGUUCGUCCGGCUUGAGGUUUCUUUGGUGUAGGCUAGGACCUACUCAGAUGUGCGUAUUCGUUAUGCUGGGGAGAUAGGUCCGCCUUUCUGGUGUUGAAUAGUAGAUGUCCACAAGAUAUAUAAAACAGCAGAUAGUGUUCUCAGUGUGAACAACACAGUAAUAUGUUAAAAUAAGUUAUACUUACAAAAAUAGAGCAGACAAGUACUGCUCUAUUGCCACAGCGCUGGUGGAAUUAUCCCCACCUCAGGAUUUCUUUGGACGGGAUAUACUUCGGUAGUAAAAAAUAGAAUAGUAAAAGUAUAAUAUAAAAUAAAAUAAAAAUAAUUGUAAAAAUAAUAUAAAAAUGCCAGGAGUAAAAAUAAAUAAAAAGUGUGUAAAGUACAAUAAAAAUAAGUAUAAAGUUGGUCUUAUAAUGAAGGGUAACCAAAAAUAACUUUUAUUGACUAAAAUACACUUAUUACAACCAUUUACGCGUUUCACCUUUAAGGUUUUUUCAAAAUGGUAAAAAAAUGUAUAUAAACACACUUAUUAUUUUUCACAGUUAUCCACUUUUUAUUUAGAACUAAUAAAAGUUAAAUCUUAAUUCGUUAUCUACACAUUAGGUCUGGGCAAAUCCUCCUCUUGCGUAUAUGAGGAAGCACAUUUGUUUUGUAGGGAGUUCUCUCUUUUUAAAAUUUUUAUAUCUAGGAUGCGAGUCCAAUAAUUUAGUGGGGUUUUUUUUGUGUUUAGUUUUGAGUGUCUCUGUUUUGCUCAGCCCAAAUGCAGUGGUUCCAAUGAACUCUGGGAAACAAUCUUUUUUUGGGGUGAAUGAUAGGGUGAAAUGGUUAAUAAUAAUUGUAUGUCCAAUGUUAAGUUAUAUGAAUUUAAAUGAUUAUCCUCAAAGGCUUAUAUAAUUAUAUUCAACCAUUAAGAGUUUUAAAAUAUACUUUAGUGUUCUUUUCUCUUUUUCUUUAAAAGCUAGGCUAAAGCACCUGUACAGACAUUGUGGCUAAAACUAAAAGUUCAUUCUAAUUAGUUUAUUUUUCUGUCUGCAGUUUAUAACUGUAAUGAUGUACAAAAACAAGAAAGUCCUUUGGAAUGAUCUCAUGCCCCAAGGAGUGUCCUAGUCAUAAGAAAAAUCUAUUUACUAUAAAUGCAUAUUAACCGCAACAAAAAAUAACUUUUGUUGUUGCUUGAAAGGAAAAUGCAUAGGUUUUGCAGCCAUCAUUGGCAAUGACUGGUUUAGAGAUUCCUGGCCAGUAGAGACCCUUGGUUUGCUCUCAUUCAACACUACAUCUGCCCUAUUUGAAAUCUAUCUGAUAGUGGCCUCCAGAGUAUGGGGGCACCUAUGGCAGGGGCAAGCAAUAAAAUGCUUCUCCGAUAACAAAUCCGCCUGUGAAAUCAUAAAUAAGGGCAGAUCUUCACUCACAAUCAUGAAACUUAUCAGAAGGCCAACAUGGUUAGCAGCUACGCUGCAAUUCUCCAUCACCUGCAUACACAUCCCAGGAAGCACCAAUACAGCCGCUGACUCAUUAUCUCGAUCUAAUUUAUAGGUCUUCUUCAGGACCUAUCACACAGCCAACACCAGACCGGUCAGCACCCCCUCAUUCCAAGACCUCAUACUGUACUAGAAACACUGCUGUCACACAGCAGAUAUCUAGCCGGUGCAGCUCUCUCUACUAACACAUCCCGUGCAUACAAUCGAGCAUUUAUCCUAUAUACCAAAUUCACGACAGACUAUCAGAUAAGCGACACUCAUUCACUGGAUUCUAUUAUUGCAUUCAUCUCCUUUUGCCACCUUAACCUAAGAUUAUCAUUAAACACAAUAAAACUAUAUCUCACAGGUAUUCAACACCACACCAUUAGUGCCUAUCCUAGCAUUAACCACUUUAUGUCUUCUUAUCCUCUUCAGGCUUCCUAUAGACGGUCCCAAAUUUCUUGCACUCUCUGACAUCUUGGACUCCAAACCAUUCGAAACCAACACUAAUCUUGUUAUUAAAAUGGCAGCUUAUCUAGCCUUCUAUGGUUUCCUAUGACCAAAUGACUUUGCCAAUAGUAUCGAGUGUAAUCACCAGCACCUUAAAAUUCCGAACCUCCAAAAAAAUACAGACCACUUCGUACGCACCAUGGAUCACACCAAAACAAAUCAGCUAGGUCCACCUACCAAAGUCUGCUAUUAUCCCAUCAGUAAUCAAUGGUGCCCCUUCACAUUAUUUGACACUUAUCUUUCUACCCUGGCGGGUCUCAGUCCUAAUACGCCACUACUUUCAUUACAUGGUAACCCCUUGACCACAACAAAGUUCAUACACUACAUCAGAACUUUGUUCAUCAGACUCGGUAUUGACCCUUCAGGUUAUUCUGGACACUCAUUUAGAACUGGAGCCGCUUCUGUCCAGGCUCAUAUAAUUUAAAGGCUAGGGUGGUGAAAAUCUGCUGCAUACGCCACUUAUAUCCCACAAGCAGAACAAGAAUUAAGAUAGGCAUUAAAAGGUCUAGCAAUGUAACUCAUGUUUAAUAAAGUUAUUUGUUUACAUCAACCGUUUUGCCCUCUUUUAUUUCAGGCCUACCCCUAUACGUCGGUUCCGGCACACAACAACCGACUGUUAUUUUCUUAUGUAGUUAUCUUGCUAUUACGGCUUAUGUCCCCGACUACAAAUAGAUAGGCGUAGCCUGUAAUUGUGGGAGGGGUUACCCGGCUAUAUAAGAUCAGGCCCCCUCCUAAUCAGAACCAGUAUCGCUGGGUUCAUCCCUCCCACCUCUCCCCUUUAUCACUAUUCAUGGGUAGACCCUCUCUUAUUUCAGGCCUACUACAUACGUUGGUUCCGGCACACUACAACCGACUGUUAUUUAUGUAGUUAUCUUGCUAUUACGGCUUAUGUCUCUGACUACAAUUAAUAUUUAGUGCGCAUUGGUGUGCAUGUUUUGUAUUGUGUGCUAGGCAAAAGCUGCUAUAAUUGAAUAACCAUAAUUCAAGAGCCUUUUUUUGGGAGGUUGGGGAUUACUCUGCAUGCGUCAUUAAGGCUGUCAUUGUCAAAUUCUCUUGUUUUUGCUUCCUAGAUAAGCUCCGGAGAAGCAUGCCUAAUUUGGCUCGAAUGUCAAGCACACCUUCUAGCACUGUGGUUUCUUCUCCAGUUACUGUACGCAACAGCCAAAGUUUUGAUUCUAACCUGCAUGGUGCUGCAAAUGGCAUUCCGAAACUGCAGUCAAGCAGUAAGUUUGUCAGUUAUUAAUAUUUUACAAAUAGACUCUUAAUACCCCUCUUGGACCAAAAUACACUUACACCGUGUAGUAAUGGAAACAAAUAAAAUAAAAAUACAUUAAGUAACAUUUAUGUUGUAAAUGGAAACCAUUUCAAAGAACAAAAAAAAUAAAAAUAAAAAAUCACAAAAAUUUAGGAGAUGACUAUAAUGUUAGGAAUACAAAACUGUAUUCCUAACAUAAUAGUGUCCCUCUGCCCUGCCGGACUCUCACGGCCCCCUGCAAUUAAAGGCUUCAAAAACCUUUAAACACUGACACAAUUCCAGUGCUAAAGACCCUCUGCACUGGCUCUGUCUCUGCCUCUUCUGAUGUCGACCACAAAUGGGAACCUAAUGCGCAUGCAUGGCAGGUACUGUAUCCAGCUUUGUUUCAUGGAGCUAAUGUCCAUGUAAAUGUAGGAAUCCACUAGAGGUAGUCUUAACCCUCAAAUGUAAACAUUGCAAUUUCUCUGAAACUGCAAUGUUGUAAAUUGCAGGAUUGAAGGGACCAGGACACUGCACCCAGACCACUUCAAUGAGAUGGAGUGGUCUGGAUGUCUAUAAUGUGCCUUUAAAUGGAAAGAAAUUAUAGCCAUUUAUAUGAAGACUUUUUAAAGUGAAUUGGCAUCAUGCAGGCAAGCAAUACCUCUUGGUAAAUCUUUAAUGUAUUAUUUUUAUUCAUAAAGCUCUUAAACAUUAAUUGCACUGUACAUAUAAGUAAGUGAUUACAAAUUCACACAAUUGGAUUCUAGGACAAUUUGAGCCUUGCUCUCACCACUUCUUGACUCAAAGGAAGGUUGAGUAUAAAUGGCCAUAUGAUGUUGAGUAUAUGAUGUUGAGUAAGGUUAAGAAACACAUUUACUUUUACACAAUGAAUCCUAAUGGCAAAGAGAUUGCUGUGGUCCGGUGUCCACGUUAUACAGGAUUUAUAUAAAACUAUAUGAUAAUAUUAUCUGUAGAGUUAAGAAGAUAAAAAUCGGAUUAAGACAGAAAGUGGAAGGUGAGAAAAAAGAAGAUUUCUGCAGGAAUUCCUCAUUGUUAAAUUGAUUUGCUUCCAUAAGUAAGUGGGUUUUAUUUAUUAUAGGUCUGAAUCGUGGGAGGUCCCAUUAGGGUACUACUAGUUCAUUAACGCUCUCUAUAAAGUUCUACAUUUUCAUCACAUCAGUGUGAGCAGAGUAGAAAUAUAUUUUUGCAGAUAUCUUGGUUAUAUAAAAUACACCUUGUUGAUUUAGAAGAAUUUCGUAAUAAUAUAAGUUUAGAUUUAAUUGGUUAUGGCUGCCUUGGAGGUUUUUGUUGACUUUGAAUACUGAGAAACAAAAUGGAUGUGAAAGCUAAAAUGGCUGCAACAGUUCAUAGCAUACAAUAAGCCUGUGGUUUUACUAUCCACGCAAGUUUAAAGGACCACUAUAGUGCCAGGAAAACAAACUCGCCCCACCCUCAGGGUCCCACUCCCGCCGGGCUGAAGGGGGUUAAAUCCUUACUGUUCUCCAGUGCCGGGCUCCCUCGGUGCUGAGGACUCUCCUCCUCCUUCGGUCGUCAUCGGCUGAACACGCAUACGCGGCAAGAGCCGCGCGUGCAUUCAGCCAGUCUCAUAGGAAAGCAUUCUCAAUGCUUUUCCUAUGGACGCUGGCGUCUUCUCACUGUGAAAAUCCCAGUGAGAAGCGCGGAAGCGCCUCUAGCGGCUGUCAAUGACACAGCCACUAGAGGCUGGAUUAACCCAAAUGUAAACAUAGAGCUAUGUUUACAGCAGGCAGGGUUAAUUCUAGGUAGACCUGGCACCCAGACCACUUCAUUAAGCUGGAGUGGUCUGGGUGCCUAUAGUGGUCCUUUAAUUUAAAACCUCUUGAAUCUUGCAGAUUUCAAUAGAAAUUGUCACAUUUUAUAAGUUAACCAUGUUCCUUUCUUCUGGCGGUUAAUAAGAUAUCCAUUCCUGUUACUUCCUGAUUGCUAAGCUCAAUGUAGGUAAACUAAAGAGGCAACAAUUGUUCUGAGCACCUGUGUUGCAAAGACUUUUGUAGGAAAGGGGGGGUUGUUAAAGCUGCUUACAGGAGAUCUGCAGCUUUUGCAUGCUGUUUUUAGCUAUACACCAUUGAAAGCAUGCAUUAAUUUAAUUGUAUUUUCUUUCAUUGUGGGUAUAUCUAUUAGGUAUCGUUGUUUUUGUUUGAAUUUGGACAGUGGAAUGCCACUUUGGUUUUGUUUUUUUUAACACUAGUGUCACGUACUUAAACAAAUGUGCAAACAUGAUGUAUUUUGGAUAAAGAAUUCUAGUAUAUAUUUUAAAAUAAAUUGACAUCAAGUUGUGUGUCCUGCUCAAACAAGCUUUCAAUCUAAAGAUUACAGGUAGGCGGAUAUAUAUUGUCUUGCCCAGGGACACUUUCUAGUGAGCUGGUCUAACCACGAUAGUGCAUCCCAUCAGUAUUUGGACAGUGACACAAGCCGGAUUAUGUAGUAAAGAGUGAAUUGCCUGGAAUUUAAAGUAAAUUAACAAGGUUAAUUUAUAAAAAUGCCAAUUUUCAUACUUUUUGAAAAAGUGAACAAACACUCUUCACACACAAAGCAUGUCAGCAAGAUUUUUAAAUAUAUAUAUAUAUAUAUAUAUAUAUAUUUUAUGUAGUACAACUUGCUGACCUCUAGAGGGUGCUAAUGUGUAUAUAAAUAACUUUAGUUGUAAAAACAUAACAUUUGUAUCUUGUAAUAACUUUUUUAUUGGACUAACAGAAUUUUUUAAUGACAAGAUUUCAGGAGAACCUCCCUUUCUCAAGAAUUCUAUGGGUCUUUAAUUUUAACAAGGAAGAUUAAAAUGCUAACUGCAAUACACACUGGUAAAAUAGGUGAUUUUAAGCAGCCUUGUACAAUUUAAAACUGUUUUUUUUUUUUUUUGUGUGCGCUGUCCCUAAACUGUAUAUACUUUGGUCUUUACGGCAGUACCACUUCUUGUUUUGUCGUUUGUAUGCAUUUUUCUUUUUAUAUUGUCAUUUCCAUUGCUGUGUCUCUAUCUUUUAGUACCUUCACCUGGUCAACUUCAGCAAAGAGUACACAGUGUGGGUAACUUUCCAAUGUCUGCAAGGCCACCUCUGAAAGCAACAGCAUAUGUCAGUCCAACUGUGCAAGGAAGCAGUGGUAUUCCUAUGUCAACCAGUUUACAGUGCUUAUCAAGCUCUGGCAUCCCAAUGCCAAACAAGAGUCCAAAUACAGUGACUAUAGGUCGUAGUGCUCUUCCGAGACCAGCAUCAUUCUCCAGCAGCAAUGGGAGUAGUAUACCACGCAGCAAGAUCGCACAGUCGCCACGAAGGUAAUCCAUACUUCAUAGUUUAUACACUUUUUUUUUAAUUCUUUAUUUUUGGUGCAGUAAGUUUUACAAAUAGGCUUGUGGUGCCACGACAGCAGGCAAAAGCACAGCAAUGUUGACAUGGUCGUGGUAAUAUUCAGUUGCACAAUUGUUUUUAAAGACCGGAUGUAUACAUAUGUUUGUUACAAAAGGAACGUGUACUUCGGCAGUUGGGAUAUACGUUAUCAAAGAGUACAGGAAUAUGAACUUUGCCUUUACACUAAAAACAGGCUUGGAAACAUAGGUAAAAUGUGAGUUAGGUUGAUAAAGCACAUAUGCGGGUUGUGUGUGAUGCUGCAUGUAUCCUAAUGUAUGGCUUAGAUGUUUAUCCGAGUGGAUGGCAUCGCUAGCUAGCGUGGCAGGGUAGCCAAGACAGGUCGGGCUAAACCCGCCCAAAGCACUCGAGAGACUUAUUUCAGGUUUGGUAUGUGCCUGGAAAACCAUUAGGCUGAUCAGUUGGGUGUAGUAGUGUGUUUGAGCUAGGAGGAGGGAGUGUGUUAAGGGCUCUUCCCUGCUUCCCAUUUUACCCCGGGGUUCCCAUGCGGCUGCUCCUGCCCUGUGUGCUUAUUGCCCCCUAUACAUUACAGUCAGUAACUUGUCUAAUAAAGUGAGAUUAACGUAAACUUUUGGUAGCAGCACAGUCCACCUGACUUGCAAUAUCAAGUCGUCUGUUCCUUGUUGGGAUCAGCCGACACCCUGCUGGGGGUGUUUCAGUGUCCCGUAGUUGAGCUAGUAGCUUGACCAGCAGACUGUUCAGGGGUGACGUUAAGUCUGUGUGGUGUGGGUAGGGGAGACUUGGAGAGUGCUGCCUGGGUCCCUUCAGCAGUAUCGGUUCCCAUCAUUGGGUCGAGUGAGGAGUCUGGAGGGUCCUCUCUGCUUGCCAGGGUCGUGGGCUGGAUUGUUCGGGGCGUUGAUCCCGGCAUAGUCCCAGCUUUGUCAGGUUUAGUCGCUUGGGUGUGCAGACUCGCCGGGAGCCCCGUCCGUUCAGGCGUUGCUUCCGGGUUAGCUUUUUAGGUGGGCCGUUGCUGCCACAUGUAGGUUUCACGGCAGUGUUGUGGGUGAGCCUCCAGUCGGUCUGUUUACCUCUGCUUGGUGUGCUCUGGCUGCCAUUUUCUCCCAGAACGUGGCCAGUACAGCCUCUAGCCUGUCCCCGAUGUCCGGUAGUGCUGUGGCCGGAUUGCACGUGGCGGCGGCCAUUUUGCGGGUCUGCGCCUCGUUUCGCUGCUUGCAUGCCUCCGUCGUCAGAGACUCCGCCUGUGUGUGCCUUCUAGGGGUUGGACGGGGAUAACCCCCACUGGUCCGGGGGGCUGCAGGGUACUCGUGGGUCCGCGUCUCCAGCUCAGCCUCUCCCAGGCUCUGUCGGCUGCAGGCCACAGCUAGCCAUUGUGGGCCCCCCGAUCACCAGGAUGCUCGAGUAAAAUAUCAGGUUGAUCCCCAGGACCCCCUGUAGUCGGGUAUCGGAUCCCAGUUGAGAAAGUAUUAUGAUUUUGGCGAGUAUUCAUGGAUAAUCGGAGUUGUGUGACGGGAGCUCAGCCUUCGUGCUACUAUUUUGCUUGCUGGCUUGGCCCCGCCCCCAUAGUUUAAAUGUGAAAUUCCUGAUUUUUUUUAUUUUUUUAUUUACUUUUUUUUUCUUAAAGGGACACUAUAGCCAUUAAAACAACAUAGUUAGAGAUAAAUCUCUUUUGCUUCUGUUUAUGCAGCUCUAGCCACAGCAACCUGGGCUGUGACUCACAGCCUGCAUGAAAAAAAAAAUGGUUUCAUUUUCAAUCAGAUGUUAAUUUAUCUUACAACUUUUUAACUCCUGCUCUGUAAAUUUCAUUUUUAAUCUCCUGCAGGGCCUGGAUGGCUAUUAACAGAGCAGCAGAUAAGAAAUUCUAAAUUAAACAGACUGUGCUAUAAAGGACAUUUAAACAUUACAUGUCUCUUUACAGGAAGUGUUUAGGAAGAAUGUGCAAGUUACGUGCAGGGUGGUGUGACUAGAGCUGUGUAAAGUGAUUUAACUCCUAAAUGGCAGAACAUUGAGCAGUGAGACUGCAGGGGCAUGUUAUACACCAAACGUGCUUCAUUAAUCUAAAGUUGCAUACAUAGCUGACUUGAAGAAUGUUUACAAUUUCGUCAUUUUGGCCAAUAUUUUGAAAUACUUUCCUGAAAAUGUAUACAUAACCCUGGCAGUGUUAAAAACAUCCAUUGAGCAUGUUUAUAUUUAGCUGCAUAAUCUAUGAAAAAUACCAGUAAAAAGUAACAGCGGUGAUAUGUAAUAAUUAAUUUAUUUUAAUUUUGGCCAUGCUGUACUAUGUCUUGAGCAUGAUUUAGUAGAUUGUAAGAUAACUAUGUCCUGGUGAGCAGGGCCGGCGCUUCCUAUUAGCACCUACUUACCUGCUGCUUCGGCUGGAUCCGGAGUACAUUAAGAUGUUUUAUCCCCCUGACACUCUGGAACCCAAUCAAUCCUGUAACAUACAGCUGCUAGCACCUGCCCAUCUUUGGUCCUGCCCUCCUCCUUCUAAUUCUUCUUUUAAUGCAUCGAAUUACACUUUUUGUAUUUUAUCUGUUUUUUAGGACAUUUUUAUUACUAUAACUACCUUAGAAUAUUCCAUAUCCCCUUUUUAGGCGCUUCCUUAUCCUCUUGCAUUUCCAUGAUUAAAAACAACUUAUAUAUGUUACCUCCGGAGCUCUGUAGAAAAAAAUUCUAAUAGAAAAUCAAAAAUCAUCAUAAUACACUGAUGUUAGGCUUCACCUUUUCUCCAACUUUUCCGCACAAUUGAAUCAGACAAAAUAGAGGAGAUGCAGACAAGACUGUAGAGAGAAGAUGUAGAGAUGUUUAGGUGGCUUCUUGCGAACAGUGAUAGUGUACUCUAGUUAGUAAGACAAGUGUGUCAGACAUUUCAUUUAUGUGGUUUAGUUAUUUAAUGUAACAGAAAGUUUUGGCUAUUAUAAUAUUAGAUAUUUUUGCUUCUAUUUCUCGAAUCAAUAAUGUGUAUACAAAUUAUAUUUUCAGUUUAUUUUUACGAUAGAUGUUCAGCAUUUAGAUUUUUAUGAUAAAUGUUAAGUAUUUUUGUUGUUGUUAAUUUUAUCAAAGUAAACUAACGUACAAAUAUUUCCCAAACAUAAAAUGGCACCAACAAAAAUUGCAACCCCAACACCUAACCUAACAACAACAAAAAAAAUUAAACCAACCUUGGCUUGCAGAAAAACCUAGGUCCAGUGCCUAUUUGAAGUGAAAAUUGUCAAUGUGCUAUAUCUGGGUAUCUUCACAACCAUGAGCUUUCUGCAAGUUAUAUUAUCAUCAUGUAGUAGAGCCGUCAGCCGUACUAUCUCAUAAUUUAGUAAAUGAAGAUGAAGGUCUCAUUCAAAAUUUAGCCUCUUAGCUGCACAUAUUCUAUGAAACAACUUUAAAGGGACACUAUAGUCACCAGAACAACUACAGCUUAUUGAAUUUGUUCUGGUGAGUAGAAUCAUUACCUUCAGGCUUUUUGCUGUAAACACUGUCUUUUCAGAGAAAAAGCAGUGUUUACAUUACAGCGUAGUGUUACUUCACUGUCCACUCCUUAGAUGGCUGUUAGAGAUCCUUCCUAGGUCAUGGCUGCCUAAAAUGCAUCAAUUCAUUCAGUGUUUCCACCCUCUGCAUGCAGACACUGAACUUUCAUCAUAGAGAUUCAUUGAUACAAUACAUCUCUGUGAGGAAAUGCUGGCCAGGGCUGUGUUUGAAUUGUGCUGGCUCUGCCCAUGAUCUGCCUCCUUGUCCGUCUCAGCCAAUCCUAUGGGGAAGCACUGUGAUUGGAUCAGGCUACCACUUCUGAUGAUGUCCGCAGACUGCUUGUUUUCUGAGUCUAACAGCAUGCAGAGUUACAGCUUCAGGUUUGAAUACAGUAAGAUUUUGCUAUACUUAUGGAGGCAUGAGGGGCCAAGGGGGGCUAGAUAGUGGUUUUAACACUAUAGGGUCAGGAAUACAUGUUUGUGUUCCUGACCCUAUAGUGAUCCUUUAAAGAGGUUUUACACUGUCUUCUAAUUAAUGAAUUUGAUUAUUUCAGACAUACAUUGAUGGCAAUGAUAUACAAUCAUGCACAGAGACAUGCUAUCGCCAUACACCCAUACCUCCCAAGUAUUCCUUUUUAAGGACUGUCCCAAUUUCAGGCACAAAUCUCUUUUCUAUGCUAAAUGCCCUUAUUAUUGUUGAUGUGUCUGAGUGUAUAACACAGUCACACAGCAAUAAUACUAAUAGUAAUGUGUAUUUCAACUACAAUAAACAUGCUUAGAAACCACUCUGCGUAAAUAAGAUGCAUUGUUAUUCUAAAUUACACUUUUAGUUACACAAAAGUUGUUGGUAAGUCACCUACAAUUUCUCAGAACAGCCCGGCCUCUGGCCAAAUCUUCACUCACACCUCUAAAAUAGAAGUGUCCCUCUUUUUCCAUUUGAAAUGUUAAAGGACCACUAUAGUGCCAGGAAAACAUACUCGUUUUCCUGGCACUAUAGUGCCCUGAGGGUGCCCCCACCCUCAGGGACCCCCUCCCGCCCGGCUCUGGAAAGGGGAAAGGGGUUAAAACUUACCUUUUUCCAGCGCUGGGCGGGGAGCUCUCCUCCUCCGAUCCUCCUCUUCUCCUCCUCCUGGGCUGAAUGCGCACGCGCGGCAAGAGCUGCGCGCGCAUUCAGCCCGUCGCAUAGGAAAGCAUUCUCAAUGCUUUCCUAUGGACGCUUGCGUGCUCUCACUGUGAAAAUCUCUGUCAAUGAGACAGCCACUAGAGGAUUAGGGGGAAGGCUUAACCCAUUCAUAAACAUAGCAGUUUCUAUGAAACUGCUAUGUUUAUAAAAAAAAUGGGUUAACCCUAGAAGGACCUGGCACCCAGACCACUUCAUUAAGCUGAAGUGGUCUGGGUGCCUAGAGUGGUCCUUUAAGAGGUAUGUAGACUAGUGUUGUCAAUAGAAUGGUCCAUAUUACAGAGAUCACAGACUUUAAACAACUUUAAACAUGUCCUGAGUUUAGAAAUACCCAACGUCAACAUGUGCUAAGCUUUUUUGUGUGCAAGUUAUAGGGCUAUAAGUACAAGUAGGACAUUGCUGUUUCAAAAUAUAUAUUUUUAAAAUGUGUCAGUAGUGACAUAACACUAUCUGUCAUAAAUCUCUGAAUCACACCUCACAUGUACAUAUUUUUUUAAAGUAGGCACCUCAGGGUAUUCAAUAUGGGGUAUGUCCAGUCUUUUUUAGUAGCCACUUGGUCACAAACACUGGGCAAAGUUAGCAUUUAUAUUUGUUUGUGUGUUAAAAAUGCAAAAAACAAUUAUAAAUUCUAUCUUUGGCCAGUGUUUGUGACUAAAUUGACCCUGUAACUUUCAAAAACACUAUAAAACCUGUACAUGGGGGUACUGUUAUACUCGGAAGCAUUUGCUGAACACAAAUAUUAAUGUUUCAAAGCAGUAAAACAUAUCACAUUAAUGAUAUGUUCAGUGAAAGUGACGUUUGUGUGUGAAAAAUGCAAAAAAAAUCACUUUUACUGACUAUCAUCACUGUGAUAUGUUUAACUGUUUUGAAAUACUAAUAUUUGUGUUCAGCGAAGUCUCCCGAGUAAAACAGUACCCUCCCAUGUACAUGUUUUAGGGUGUCUUGGAACGUUACAGGGUUAAAUAUAGUGCUAGCAAAUUAAAUUCUCUGGACUUUCGUUGUCAGGCAAGUCCCCCAAAUUGCAAUCAAUAAAAUUACUUAAUUAUGUAAAAUAUAUAUGCAUGUAGAAUUUAAAUAUAUACAUAUUUAUAUAUUUGAAGUCUACAUGUAUAUUUAUGAAAUUAUUUAUGUAAUGAUGUGUAUGAACAUAUGUAUAUUUCAUAUUAUUUUUAUUUAUAUAUACAUCAAUAUAUAUAUAAUUUCAUUCUAACUGUAUUUUGAUAUAAAUAUAUAUAUAUAUAUCUCAAAAUACAGUUAGAAUAAAAUUACAUAUAUAAAAAAAUUUUUUAAUUAAUUUAUUUUUUAUAAUAUAAUAUACAGUAUAUAUAGUAAUUGUAUAUAGUAUAUAUUUGUGUAAUUUUACUCUGUGUAUUUUUAUAUUAAUAUGUAUAUAUUAAUAAAAAAAUACACUUAGUAAGACAUUAUAUAUAAGAUAUAUACAUAUAUAUAAUAUAUGUGUGUGUGUGUUAUUUUUUUAUUUUAUUUUUUUCAACAGCAGGGGGGCUGCCUGUUCAGGCAGUCCCCCUGCAGGCAGUCUCAUGGCCCGUGGGGUCCUAAUUUGCCAAGGGGGGACUGUCUGGGCUGUCACAGCACCCCCCCAGAUGGAGAGAAACACCGUUCGCCAGUGGGGGAAUGGCGGCGAUCGUGUAGGUAAGUAGGAAUUCUGCAAACUGGGUAUACAAUUCUGUACUGGGUAUGUCCGAGGUCCUUAAGGACCGUUUUUGUCGGACGUACCUAGUUCGUCCGAGGUCGGUUAGAAGUUAAAGUGCAACAAGUGUACAGAUCUGUGUUUAGUGCAAUAGUUCAACAAGUUACUUAACUGGUUUUGACGAAAAUUUGUAGUAAACCAGCAAGUAUACCUUAAACAGAAAAAUAGUAGACAAUAGUGUAAAACCUUAUUAUAUAAUUUUAGGUGCAAAAUCUUAUAUGGAACACUCACAUGGUCCAGAGCUAAUUCACCUAGCUCUGGUGUGUAUAGUGUAAUAUUGCUUUAAGAGAGAAACGUAUGAGUAUUAAUAGUUUUACUCACAAACAUGGAGCCUAAAUACUGACUCCGCAUUGUAACUUUGUAUGGUUGAGGACCACACAACCUUCUUUUAUAAGUGCGGGUACCUUGGUAAUGGUAUUAAAAAAAAAAAAUUAAAAAAAAAAAAGUAUUACUUUAUUAUAUUUAUAAAAACAACAAAGAUAGUGCAAUAUUAUAAAAUAUACCAAUGUUCUAAAGUCUUUUAUCCUCUAGCAACAGCUCCGACACAAAAUGGUGCUUCACAUAAGUUCACAGAAUGGAAUGUGUGAUGAAGUGCCCUUCGCCACUUGGUCCUGGAGAGGCCUACUUGCCAGCCUCCUCCCCUGUGACUGACUCUUUCAUGUAUCUGGCUUUAAAGCCCCUAGUCUACCUUCAGACAGACUAUUUAUGUAGGCUGCUUUAUUUAUCUUAUGUUUUAGUCACCCUGUACCCAUUAUAGGUGCAGGGUGUGUGUAAUGUAAUUGUUUAUAGUGUGUGUGUGUACUGUGUAAUGUAUUGCCUGCUCUCUUGUAUUGCUGAGGUUUGCUACCAACUAGGUGGGUUUGGCUAUGGAGCUUGUCUAGUGCCCUCUGUUGGUAGCAACAGCAAUAUGCACUACCUGAAUUGCAAGACUGGUUCAUUUGCAUAUUCGGGUAGAUUUGCAUAUUGCUAAUUCUGCAGGCAGGUGAGAUAUUUACUGUUAAAUAUUGUCUCCCCCCACCCCUUUAAAAAUGUGCCAUUGUGUUGUGAUAAGUCACUGUGUGUUGCUUGAUAUGGUUUGACUGUUUGUGAUUUUAUUGAGGUUUCACAACAAUGUUAUUGUGGUGACCCUAUUGGCUGGUCCCAAGGGAAAUAAAGGUUUUGACAGUUCUUCUUGAUCCCUCUAAACGUAGCCUUGUCUCGUUAUUGGAGGGAGCUGUUAUAAUCACACUGGGGAUUGCUAUGCUCUGCAUGCUCCCCUGAGCUUGAGUCACUUAGCUCUUUUAAGAGCUUGUUCCUGACAUGCUCUCCUUGGAGGAGGGGUCUUCACCACACAGUCCUGGAGGACAGAAGCUGAUCCAGGGUGGAAGGAAGACGGCGAGACUCCAGUCAAGAUACGGCAGUUGCGGAGUCUGCGGUGUCUGCUGCAGUGCUUGGAGUCCUCAGGAAGCGCUAGGAGCAUUCGUUAACGGAGGGUACUUGGUCGGAGUACAGGGAGCUCCGUUACAGAAUGGAUCAGUGAUAAUUUUUAUCAAUACCCAUAAUUUUGGAAUGAAAUGUUUGAUGAGUAGGUACAUAAUGCAUAUGGCUGCAUAGUGCAUCGCUCAAAAUUUUCUCUCACUCUCUUACAAUUGGCAAGAGCUGCAUAGCUCAAUUUGACACUGGGUGCAGCUGGAGCUCAGGCAGCCUCAGGAACAAAGCUACUGCUGGAAUAGGGAGCAUGCAGACCAUUGCACCAUUGUAAUGUCCAUCAAAAUGGACGCUCACAAGCAACAGCAAUUAGUGGGAGUGUGAGCCUAGUGCUCAAAUAUAUAUGUUUAACUGACUUCGUAUUAUACUGCUCUGUUUCAGUGCAGCAUCCUACUUCUCGUGUUUAAAAUGUUUACGUUAACUAAUUUGUGGUGUUUUAUAAUAAAACCCACUUCAUAAUUUUUCCUUUGAUGGUGAUGGGUUGACGGUGGGUAAAUUGAACUACUAUUUCCUGGUAGAUAUUGACCUGCUCUUGAAUAUUAACGAUUCUCCUCCGAUGCAUUGGAUAAGGGAAUAGAAGGAGGACCAUGUGACAUGGCAGCCCUAUGUAUAGGGUUUUGCAGAAGCUCGUAUUUUAUUAUUUUGCAGCAAUCUUACAACUCAUGGAAGGUUCUGAAGUAUCUGUCCCCGUGUCAGGGUUUAUUUCAGAUUGAUUCACAUUUACUGCAAUUAAUUGUUCAAUGGGAUCUUGUGCAAGAAACUUAUAGACCCGGCUAGCAGGCUAAGGGACUCAAAAAUUAAUUUGUAAUAUGUUGUACUGUUGCUUCUUCUUAGUUAUUUACACAAAUCUGAAUUGUAGAAAAUAAAAAUUCAAAUAGCAAAAUUUAGGUAAAAUAUCUGAUAUGGAAACAAAUCCAAUUCUUAUAGUUGUUGCUUUGUUGUUUGAGCCUAAAGUUUACUAAAAAUGUUUAAAUUUGCUACAAUUUAGUUUUUAGUUUAUAAACCCCACUUGCUGGCUGAAUGCAGUAUUUUUCAGCAUACUAGGAGGGACCAUUCUCUUUGGAAUUAGACUACAUGUGUAAUAAAAGAAGAAAACCGUGCAAAAUUUAAAAUUGUCUGCCAUGAUUAGUUUAAAAAUAAAAUAUAUAUAUAAAAUAAUCUUAUGUUUUUGCAUCAUUGUGCCAUCAUAGUAUACAACAUAAUGAGUGAGAAAAAAUAGAUUUUUUUUAAUAGUCUCAUACUCUCUCUUUUCAGUUUUCUUCAGCCUCCGAAGACUCUGUCGUCCCUUAGCACUCUGAGAGAUGGCAACUGGAGGGAUGGAUGCUACUGACAUUUUCCUUCAAAAUGUUUGUUUUUAUUCAAAUGAUAAACCAGUGUAUAAAAUGAAAGCAAUUAAGAGUGAUGUAUAGCCCAGCUGGCUGGGUAAUGUGCAUUCAAAAAAAGUCAUCCUUAAGUUUUUAAUAUUUGUAAUAUAUGUCUUAUUUGAGCAUACGAUAAAAGACUUAUGGUCUUUAUGUAGUUCUUACCUGUUUUGACGUGGAAUCAUUUUUUCAGACCAAUAACUGCAGUUAUAUAUUACAGGCUAGUAUUUUCUGAACAUAUGCAAAGGUGCAUCAAAAAGCACUUUUUCUUUUCUCGUUAAAAUGCAGUGCAGAAAAUCUCCAAUUUUUUGUCUUAUGGUGCAUUAAUUAUAACAUACCUAUUCACUUGCUAGACUAUUUAUUAGAAUAGACAUUGUUAUAUGCACAAGCUCACUAACAAAAUGUAAAUUUUUUUCUUUUAUUUUACAUCUAGAAUAAGUAAACACAUUUUAAAAUGCUGCUUAAUAAUUUGUGCCAUAGAUAAUAUUUUAUUUAUUUAGUUUUUUUUUUUUUUUUUUAUCACUUCCAUUUUGGUAUGUGUGAGAGUCAAUGGUAAUCUACGUAAGGUGUACUUUUUGUUGCAAAAAGCACAAGGGUAUAAGGACUAAUCACUGAAAUGUUCAGCAGAACCACCUUAAAACUCGUUUUGUCAUUUUCUUAUAUUUACAUGUUAAUUUAUUUGUUUAUUUAAUGAUUUUGUACCUAAUAAUAAUGACUUACUCUGCAGAGAUACUGCUUAAAACUACAAGAGGGCUGAGGUGUCACAUUUUUUCAAAUUUUUACAACAGUUUUACUUGGUGUUGAAACACUGAAGAUAAAAGGUCUUAUUGGACAAUAAACUUUUGAUAGGCAUUUUACAGAAAUUUAAUUGCACUAAUGCUUUAAUAAGACAGUAUAUGAUUUCGUACCGAUGGUAACUGUAUACUGCUGUUUUGGAAUGUUUCAAUAAUAAAGAAUAUUUUCAUCAUUUCUUGUUUUG